CUUUUACAUCCUUGGAAGCCGCAAUUAAGCAGCUCCGCUAGGAUAAAACACUCCGGCGGCCAGCGGGCUGGGGCAUUGCGUCGAGAGAGAUGGCCAGGCUACGGACUCCUUCCUUCCUUCCCGGGGCUGUCACUGUCCUCCUGCUCUCCAGUCUCCCGGCUUCGUGGCAAGGAGGUAAGAGGCAGCGGGAGCAGCAGAGAAGGCUCAGGACGAAAACCGCAGACAGCCUCUGACCAGAUGCUUUUUCCCCCGGCCCUGGAAGGGGUCAUCGAGCCGCCUCGCUUCCAAGCCAUCUGCGGCGGAGGCUGUUCCGUCUGGGCAGUCGGGGCACCUGCCCUCCGCCUGCACCCACCUUUUUGCUUUCUUGCAACAGGCCACUGGCUGUCACAGCCUCCCCUCUGAGGUGCACUUGUAGAACACGGCAAGGAGCAGGAUGGGGGGCAAGACUGAGAGGAGCCACCUCUGCCUCCCUCUGCUGUGGGUCUCUCCAGCUCCUGCCCCACUGGUGGGCACCUGCCACCACACCUUUUAAAAACUCAGUGCCCACCUUCCCCGGAGCAAGACUCACUGCUCCAUAUCUCAGACAUGGUGCAGGGACCAACCCCUCUACCCCCUGCUUGUUGGUGACAAGGGGCAAAAGUCUGGAGCCUCCGAUACUGCCCCUCACCAUCUCCAGGGUCUCCGAAACCUUCUGGGUUCACCCUGAAGGUGGCUGAGGUGCUGCCUGCCCACAGGGACUCACUAAUAUUACCACUGAAAAACUUUAAGGGUCUGUCGUGGUGGUUGAAUGGAAGGGGGGCAGGAUAUGAAGCCAGUGGACUCCAGGAGAGGACAAGAGGGGCUUAACUGAAUCCCCGGAAGGUGUUUGCCAAACACCAAACCUCAGCCCCUCAGAUGGUGCAAACAUGUAAUGCAGUGUUUCUGAGCAUGUGCAGAGUGCAUUGAGGAGCCAUAGCGGUGCUUUGGGGAUUGGGGCACAGAACAUCGGAGUAAAAAGGGUUCCUCUUGAACCCCAACAUUUACUUUCAUCUUCCUUGGUGUUUGGGGGGGGAGUUAGCUCCCCGCUUGCCCCCCACAAGUGAGUUUGGUCGUUGCUCAAGAAUUAGCUGUGGUUCUUGCUUUGCAGGGAGUUGAACUAGCUGAGUCGCUGGGUCCCUCCUAGCGCUACAAUCCUAUGAAUUAUUGCAUGUCAGAAGGAUGUGCCACCUGCAUGACCCACACAAUUUGCACAGGUCGCUCUCCUGUGGUGACAACGUGACUCUCCCCGGGUGACCACAGACGCUUUGCCCAGUCGGAGGCAAAGGGAAGCCCAUGGGGAGCAGGAGGGCAGGAUCCGAGUGAGGUUCCUGCCUUGCACCCGAUCCAAAAAGGGGAAGCAGGCAGGAGAAGUGGGUCAUGCCCGUAGGAUCCCAUGGGGUUGAUCAGAAGGGACGCCCCCAUCCCGGACGCCUUUGCCCCAUCUCUGGGAACACCGCGGUCCCGCCAAACAGCCGCCGCCUUUGCCUGCAACUUGGGUGUCCUCUUGGAAAACAUGCUCUUCCCGGGUUUUGAACACAGCAAGAGGCAUUAAUGAAACACACUCUCUUGCUUUUCUAUUUUGGCAUUCCCCGCGAGAUCGUACUGUCUCCCCUUGCCGCCCUCAGGAACUGUCAUCGUUUCAGUCCAAGCAUGUGGGGUGACGGCUUGAGGAUCCCAUUAAAAAAAAAAAAUCUCUUUGAGAAGUCUCAGAUCUGAUAGGCUGGAAGAAUUCCCCAUCUCUGGGUCAAACUAGACAGAGACCUGCUGUUCAGAAGGCUGGGCUUUCUCACUCGAGCAACCUGCUUGACAGAUCGCCUCUGCAUCUAGCAGGGGAAGGAUUGCCUAGGGCUUAAAUGUUGGGACCUGGGGAAGAAGGGCAUCCGAGGAUCUGGGGAGCUGGGGAGCUGGUGAACCCAGAGACAUUGCAGGACUCCAACUCUCCUUAUGCCCCAUCGUUGGCUGCUGGGAGUUGGAGUCCGACAGGGUCUGUAGGGUCACAGAUGUUCCCUUUGCUAUAAGGGGCCGGGGGUGGCGGCCCGACAACUGUUGUGACAUCAUGGGGGAACCUGUGAGGUAGCUGUGAUGGGUGAAGCAGGCCCACUCAAGUCAAUAGAGGGUUGGACUAGAUGACCCUUGGGGUCCCUUCCAACUCUACAAUUCUGUGAUUCUAAGUCCCGCUUCCAUGGGACAAGAAGCAUUCCCCCUUCUCUCUCUCCCGAAGUGAACUAGAGGAACGCACACGACCCAUCUCCAUCCGUUCCUUCUGAGCGGGUUUUUCCACGCUGGUAGACCGAAGUCAUUUUGCUGCGAGAGUCCAUUUAUUUAUUUCCUUCCUUAUUACAAAGGUACCUUGGUUCUCGACUUCGGGAGUCUGUUCAACUCCUGGAACAGUUUGAAAACCAAGGCACAGCUUCCAAUUGGCUGCAGGAGUUUCCUGCACUCAAGCAGAAGCUGCGUAAGCUGCGUCGGAUGUUCGGCUUCCAAAGAAAGUUCGCAAACUGGAACACUCACUUCCGGUUUGUGGCGUUCGGGAGCUAAUUUGUUCAGGAACCAAGCUGUUUGAGUAUCAAGGCACCACUGUAAAUUUAUAUCUUGCCACAUCCUCCCAAAGGAGCCCGGGGUGGGGGCGAGAAGGUGGUCCCCAAAUUCACAGGGAGACCCUGACUGGACGGGCAGCGGGAUCCUUCUUUGGAGUGAGGUGGCUGGCUCAGGCAGCAGGCAGCAGUGCCCCAACCCCUCUGCCAAGCCCCCUAAGCUAGCCUCUACUCUGCACCCCCUAAGCCGCCCUGCUGCCUCGGGAAGAGGCAUUCAUCAGUCCAGUCAGAUUGUGUCAGGGCCACUGGGACAGGGCAGAGAUCUUGCAAUCCAGCCCUUUGCUUCGGGUGGUAAAAUGUCAUGACCAGCACCCCAUUACUGCCAGCCAAGGGUGGCAAGUCAGCUGAGAGGGCAGAGGUGGCCAGGCUGCUUGGUGUGCCCAGCUGGUUCCUUCAUCACCUUGCCACCAUUCAGUGCUUCCCUGCCACCAGAAGCAGCCUCCUCUUCAUUUUGCCCAACAGUAGAGCCGGCCCCGAUGCCACCGGGAAACUCCUGGCUGGAGCUGGGGGUGCCCUUUGCAUGUUUGCUGUUCAGGCUGCCUUGUACAAAUUGCUGCAAGUGUGGCAGGUCUGGGAGGCAGGGCGUUUGGAGUGGUCAAAGCAGGUGUCAAUUGGGAUUGCUCCCGAGUAUGGCUGCACUUGCAUAAGGGUCCCAUGUUCUGUCCCCAGCUGGGAGAGACCCCUGCCUGAACCCCUAGAGAGCAGCUGCCGGUCAGUGCAGACUGUCCUGAGCUAGAUGGACCAAAGGUUUGACUUGGUAGAAGGCAGUUUCCUGCGUUCCUAUGAAAUAAGCUGGAUUCCUCCCCCCCCUCCGCUUUUCCUGGGCUCUCCUGGGAUGUAACCAGAUAGUCAGCCUAGAUAGCUUAGUAAACUGGCUAGAGCACAGUGCUGAUAAUGCUAAGGUUCCAGGUUUGAUGCCCGUACGGGACAGCUGCAUAUUCCUGCACUGCAAGGGGUUCAACUGGAUGGUCCUCAGGGUUCUUUCAGCUCUACAGUUCUAUGAAAUAGCAUCCAUGAAAUAGUCUGAAGGUUCGGGACCCUCAGGCCCAUGAUAUGGAUUAAUUUCUGGGCAUAUGAAGAUGGCGGCUGGCUGGGUUCUCAACAGCAGUUUAUAGAGGCCCCUAAGCACCUCGCAAGGAAAGGGGAAAUUGUGGUUAAAAAGUGGGAGCAGGAAAUCUGGGACCCGGGGCUUGGUUCCCACUAACAACACCCCUGUAUUUUGCCACCAUUCCUCUGACAGCCCCUUCUCCAUAAAUAUUUAUCAGGGUGAAAAGAGUCUCUGAAAGCCAGAGGCAUGCCUGCAAUUCUUUGUCCUUCCUACAAAGGUGUGUCCGUUAUGAGAGACUAGAUGCCCCUUUGGGUCCCUUCCAACUCUACAAUUCAGCUAUUUCCUCCUGCCUAAACAGGAGUUCUGUGCAAAAAAGAUCUCAUGAGAGUUGGCAGAGCUCUGAUUUCCCCUUCUUCCAUUCCUGGAAGGGAAACAGCCACAGAAAGGGGAAGCAGGCUCCCCAAUAGCUCUUUUCCUAGUCGCCUGGAGUGAGUUGAGAUUGCCUGCUGGUUGACCAGAGCUUACAAAUGAUCAAGAGAGUGGUUUUUCUUUAUGAGGUGCUAGAGUGCUUAGAGAUUCCUAACAGUGGCUAGUAAAUUCUUUUGGUAAUGACAAAAAUGGGCCGUUUUUGUUUUUUGUUUUUAACACAAGCUAGUAUUCUCUUCUGUGGUCAGAAGGUCAGUUUGUGUCUGUAAUUCCUACUCUGUGUUGCUUUAGGCAGUAGUUAAAUUGGAUUUAACUUUCCCCUCACCCACAGACACCCAUUCGAAACCCGGAAAAAGACUGCCACAUUUUCCUAUACAUUAAGGAUCCUCAAGGCCUUUUCACACCCACCCACUGUGUUCUGAAGUGAGCGCCAAUGAAUUAAAUUGUGGAGCUCUCUCCCCUGGAGGCAGUGACCAGCCACCAAUAUGGAUGGCUUUGGAAUGGAGAAAUUCACAAGCUAUUGGUGGCUACUAGUCAUGAUGGCUCUUCUCUGCCUCCACAGAUGGAGGCAGCAAUGCUUUUGAGUAACAAUUCCUGGAAAACACAGGAGGGGAGAAUGCUCUUGCGCUUUAAAAGUGCCUCUAAAAGUGUUCUGAUGUCUUUUAAUUAUUGCUUUCCGCUAGUUUGCUUUUGUUACUUUGCAUUUGAUAGGUUGGACACCGCCUCGAAUCCCAGCUCGGGAGAAAGGCAGCGAGUCCAAAUAAAUUUAAAAGAUAAUAACUUGCAAAUACAAAGUGGAUAGCACUCCCUGGCAGGUGGUCAAAUUACCUGGUGGGGGCGGCAGCGCUGAGAUGCAAGGGUGUGGCAAGGUGGCGCUGGAGGUGGAAAUGACCACAGCCUUUGAAAAGCUGAGAUUUUUGUGGUUCCUGCAUUGCCAGGGGUUGCAUUCUUGGGAUUCCUUCCAACCUUGCAAUGCUGUGAUUCCAUCAGUUUUUGUUGCAUUGAUCAAAAUACUUUUAAAUGGGUUUUGAAUGAAUGUGCAAUUAAUUGUUGGUGCUUUGAAUUUUAUUGGGCUCUUGCCUCGCUUAGUGGGUCACGCAAACCACUAUUCUGAAAAAUGUUUUUCGUAGUGUUUUUUUGUUUUUGUUUUUGUUUGGUGGUGGUCAAUGGGGAUGAGUUUAUUUUCUCUUUCAGGGAAAAAGGGUUUCAUGUAAAUUAACAAGUGAUCAUAAUGAUAAUAGUUGGCGGGGGGAGGUGACCCCAAAAAGUCUGGGAAAUGCCAAGCCAGUUUUUCAAAUCGGAGGGCCAUUUGCUGCAAAAUAGGGCACAUAUGAGGCCACGCUUGUCCCAGGAGAAGUGGCCUCCCAUCGGCUGAUCCUUGGCGUGUUUACUGGGAGGUAGCUCCCGCUUGGUCCAAGUGGCCUUCCUCCCACAUUGAAGCAUUCAGAGAAUUGCAGGGAAAUUGCUUAAGGAAAACAGGACGGUGCAUUUUUUGAGUUUGGCAGGCCUUCAGAUCCAUUAAACCAGUCAACAAUUUUGAGGAAUCAGGGCUUGGGUUCUGUUCCAAAGCAAUCUUUAGAGUUCAGUGAGAGCCUGGGCCUACGUCUAGGAACCAUGCACUACGCUGGACAGGGCUUUGCACAAAACUUAAAGAUACAGCAGCCCUGCUUGGAGGAUUGCAGGCUGAUGGGCCUCUGCAAAGCAGUAGCUAGGUCACAGGCUUCCUCAAACUCGGCCCUCCAGAUGUUUUGAGACUACAAUUCCCAUCAUCUCUGACCACUGGUCCUGCUAGCUAGGGAUCAUGGGAGCUGUAGGCCAAAAACAUCUGGAAGGCCAAGUUUGAGGAAGCCUGAGCUAGGAGGAUAGGAGGCGGAAGGGGAAGGGAGGGUUGCUUAACCCCUCCUCCUUCCGCCCUCCCCUUGGCUUUCUCCCGCCUUGUUUUUCCCUCCCGCCAAGAGGCUAGAAAUAUGUGUGUCCGGCUGCCUUGGGAAGCAGAGGGAGGGAGGCAGAGAAAUGGUAAUGGCUGGGAGGGAGGGGCAAAUGUUUCUUGUUUUUUUCGAAUCGGAAUCAUAGAAUUGUACAGUUGGAUGGGACUCAAUGAGCCCUCUUCUCCAACCCCCUGCAAUCUGAAUUUCAUUUCCCCACAUUUCGACAUCAGUUUGCAAAUUUUAGUGAUAAUAAAAAAGUCAUCAUGAAAAUUCAUUUUAGGACAGAUUUCUCCUAACUGGGAAGGCUUGAGGGAGUUAGGGGUGUUUAGCCUGCAGAAGAGAAGACUGAAAGCCGAUAGGAUAGCCAUCUUCAGAUAUCUGAAGGGCUGUCACAGGGAAGACGGAGCCAGCUUGUUUUGCACUGCUCUAGAGGGGAGGAUCCAAACCAAUGGAUCCCAUUGUCAAGAAAGGAAAUUCUGAUUAAACAUUAGAAUCUGAUAUAUCUGAAGGGGCGUCUCCACCCCUAUCAUUCAGCCUGGACACUGAGGUCCAGCACCGAGGGCCUUCUGGCAGUUCCCUCAUUGCAAGAAGUGAGGCUACAGGGAACCAGGCAGAGGGCCUUCUUGGUAGUGGCACCCGCCCUGUGGAACGCCCUCCCACCAGAUGUCAAGGAAAUAAACAACCACCUGACUUUUAGAAGACAUCUGAAGGGCAGCCCUGUUUAGGGAAGUUUUAAAUAUUUGAUGUCUUAUCAUGUUUUUAAUAUUCUGUUGUGAGCAGCCCAAGUGGCUAGGGAAACCCACCCAGAUGGGCAGGGUACAAAUAAAUUGUUGUUGUUGUUGUUUAUUAGGAACUUCCUCACAGUAAGAGCUGUUCAACAGCGAAAUGAACUCCUUUGGAACGUGCUAGGCUCUCUAUCAUUGGAGAUUUUAAAAAAGAGGUUGGGUGGCCACCUGUCAGGGAUUCUUAAGCUGUGAUUCCUGCAUUGCAAAGGGUUGGACUAGAUGACCCUUGGAGAUCCCUUCCAAUUCUACAAUUCCAUGAUUCUCUGAAAUCUUGAAGAGCCUCUGCCAGCCAAUGUCAGCAGUACUGAGCUAGAUGGACCAACAAGCUCAACUGGCUCUACAGAGUGGCAGACUCUGCACAAGGCAUUUCACUGUGUUCUUAUGAGUGGGGCUUCCAUCUACAGAGGAAGUCUACCUCUGAGAACAAAAUCACGGGAGCCAAAACAACAGGGCUUGGUUGUCAUCUGCAGGUUCUUCUUCCAUGGUUCCUAUGGGGGCCUCUGGAGGCAAAAUGAGAAGGCUGGACUCAAGGGGCCAGGAAGGGAGGGAGAAAAAGGUUGCUCCAUCAAUGAAAACUUCACAGAUUUUUGGAGCUGGCAGCAAAUGGGACUUGCAAGGCUUUGGAGGUGGUUGGAAACUGAGCAGCUCCUUGUUAGAGCUGGGGCAAAUUAGCAGCCCCAAUGUUUUCCUUCCCGAUGUAUCAUGGGCCCAAUGUUAUUUCUUAUGGUGUCCUCGUGAAACCUUUGUUAAGAAGAGGCCUGCAAGAUAAGAUAACGACCCUUACUAGGCUUUCUAUCCUCCUUCUGUAACCAAAAAAAGGAUUGGGAUCUGAGGCUUGCAUGCGGGGGGGGGGAGAGGAAAGUCUCGCCUCCCUGAUCCCAUAAAGAUAUUGUGCUUUUCUUGUUCUUUUCCUUCCUAGCUUGCAUGCCCUUCAUGUGUUUUCUUAAGCUGUUCAGGACAUGGCAAGGCCUUGCUUAAGCCGUUAAGUCAGUUUCUUAAGCUGCCUCUCCCCUCCCUCGUGAGUAGCGGGAGCAGAGGAAGGCUUGGGAAUUAAUGCAGCAAUUGGCAUCAAGGCACCCAGUUCAUAGCAAUAGGCCCACUGUAUUCUGCUUAACGGGAUGUGGGUGGCGCUGUGGGUUAAACCACAGAGCCUAGGACUUGCCGAUCAGAAGGUCGGCGGUUCGAAUCCCCAUGACGGGGUGAGCUCCCGUUGCUUGGUCCUUGUUCUUGCCAACCUAGCAGUUUGAAAGCACGUCAAAGUGCAAGUAGAUAAAUAGGUACUGCUCCAGCGGGAAGGUAAACGGCGUUUCCGUGCGCUGCUCUGGUUCGCCAGAAGCAGCUUAGUCAUGCUGGCCACAUGACCCAGAAGCUGUACGCCGGCUCCCUCGGCCAAUUAAGCGAGAUAAGUGCCGCAACCCCAGAGUCGGCCACGACUGGACCUAAUGGUCAGGGGUCCCUUUACUUUUACCUAUUCUGCUUAACGCAACUCAACAGUGUGAUGCAGCAGCAAAAAUGGUUAAUGCGAUUCAGCAGAAGUCAACUGUCCAGAUCAAGGGAAGUAAUAGGACCAAUCUGGUCUGCCUUGGUCAUACAGCACCUGGAGUCCUGUGUCUGGUUGUGAGCACCCCUGUUUAAGAAGGGUAUUUUCAAGAUGGAAGAUGUGCAGAGGAGGUGACCAAGAUGAUCAAGGUUUUGGAAACCGGGUCUUAUGAGGAACGGUUGAGAGAGCUGGGUAUGAGUUUAGCCUGGAAUAAAGGAGACUGAGAUGGGAUAUGAAAGCCAUCUUCAGCUAUCUGAAGGAAGAUGGAGCAAGCUUGUUUUCUGCUGCUCCAGAAGGCAGGGCCCGAACCAAUGGAUUCAAACUGCAAGAAAGGCAAUUUUGACAUUAGGAAGACCUUUAUGGUGGUAAGAGCUGUUUGACAGUGGUGGUGGACAGAAGGUGGUGGGCUCUCCUUCCUUGGAGGUUUUAAAGCAGAGGUUGGAUGGCCCAUCUGUCAGGGAUUGUUUAACUGUGAUUCCUGCCUUGCAGGGGGUUGGACUAGAUGACCCCAGGGGUUCCUUCCAACUCUACAGAUGAAUGAUUCUAUUACACAUUUUUUCUUGCCUUUCCCCCAAGGAACUCAUGACAGUGUAGAAAGCCUUCUCAGUCACUUGAGCAUCAAAACAGCCCUGCGAGGUGGGUGCAUCAUGCUGAAAGAUGAAGACUGGCCUGAAACUGGAAACUGUGCUUCAUGACUCAGUGGGGAUUUGAACCCAGUUUUCACUGAUGCUAGUCUGACACCCACUGUGCUGGGUUGGGGGGCGGGCGGGAUCUGCCAAUUUCAGUUCCUACCAAUUUAUCAUUUUUCCAAUCUUGAGUUUCCCACGUUUUCCUAUCAGUUUACAAAUUAGUCCUUAAGAAAAUUUGUCAGCUUUUUAGUGCAAAGCAAUUUCCCCUUCCAUAAUGCUCGGGUGUAUUUUAUUUUAUUAUUUUACUAUUAGAUGCUCUUUCGCCACACUCUACCCCAGAGUAUGGAUUUUUGUACGCAUAACUUGGCUGGAGAACAGCAUUGCAAAAUCUGGAGAUGUUCAGAUUUUGAAGGAUGGGUUCUCUGUUUCAGUUUGCAUGUUGCUUUGUGUAAAGUGCAAAUCAGGGAGGCUUGCUUUUAAAUGCAAACUGAGCUGUAUUUCUCUCCCCGUCCCUAGUCAUAGCUCAGUGGCGGAGCAUGCAAAUGUUCCCAGGUUCAAUUCCUGGCAUUUCCAGGUAGGGCUGGGAGAAAUCCUCUGCCAGAAACUCUGGUGAGCUGCUUCCAGUCAAAAUACCGAGGUGGCUGGACAGGGUAUAAUAGAAGGCAGCUCCCUGCAUUCUUGUAAGUGGAGCCUCCAUAUACCAAAUUAGUCUACCUCUAAGAACCAGCGAUGAAAAACCACAGCUGCACUGACUGGGGUGGCUGAUGGGAGUUGUGGUCCAGCAACAUCUGGAGGGUACUGAGUUGGCAAAGCUGGUUCUAGUCUCAGAAAGAAACUAUUAUUUGGGCCAGAAAUUUGGCUGCACUUGCUCAACUGCAGAUGCAGACCUGAUUUGUCCAAGUCAUAAUGCAGGAGAUGACCCUUGCAGUUCCUCCCAGCUCUAAAAUUCUAUGAUAUUCAUCUCUGCCACGGCAGUCUUGGGCCUCCUGAGACUGGCGUGUCUCAGCACUAAGGCGAUUAGCUUGGCUGUCGUUGUGCGGGACACAGAGGGGAGGGAGGGAGGCUGAGGCAGCUGGGCACGAGAUGCCAGCACUUGGUGGCACCCUCAACUCCUGACCUCUCUUCCCCGAUCUGAGCUUUGGCCUUGGGGAUGUGGGUGGAGGAAAGGAAGCUUUUUUGUGAAGAAAGGUGGCAGCGUUUGGGACUCUUUAGUUAAUGGCGAGGAGGAGGUGACUUGAUAGAAAAUGAUGCCUGGAACGGAGAAAGUGAGUAGGGAAAAGUUUUUCUCCAUCUCUCAUAACACUAGAACUGGUGGACAUCCAGGGACGCUGAGUGUUUGAAGAUUCAGGCAAAAGAAAGUCCUUCAUGCAGUGCAGAGUCUAACCAUGGAGCUCUCAGUGAUGGCUGCCAACUUCGAUGCCUUUAAAAGAAGACUGGACAAUAAUAAGGCUAUCAGUGGCUAUUGGCCGUGAUGGCUAUGCCCUGCCCCCGUGGUUGGAGGGAAUACCAGUUCUGAAUACCAGUUCCUGGAAACCACAGGAGAGGAGUGCUGCUCUUGUGCUCAAAUCCUGCUUAAUUUACUUUCCAAUGAGACAUCUGGUUAGGAACUGAUUCUAUGGGUGGUUUUGUUGGGUAGACCAUUCGACUUCUGCUUUUCUCAUCUGUGAGAUUUGGACAGUCAGCGUCCGGGAGAUCCACCAGAAUCCCAAUUCCCAUUUGCACGCCCACCCCACAAAAUCUGUAGGUUUCAGAAGGGCAGCUUGUUGGGGGUCUCCUCAACGUCUCUCCAGACUUUUCCCUCUGGCGGGAAUUUGCAUGAGGCGCCAUCAGAAGUCCUUGGCAAUGCUUUGGAUUGAGGUGGGGUGGGUGGGAAAUGACCUCCAGAGUUGACAAAUGUAUCCCUUGCCCCCCCAAAUGUUAACACCCACCAAGAGAGCAACCUUUCUCGCUUCCUCUCAAUUUUAUACCCCCGAAACAAAUCUGGGAGGAAAAUGAGAAAAUGAUCCCUUAAUUUCCCUGUGACAAGAAAACAUUCUCAGUCUGAGAUCACGGCAAAUGCAAACAUUGCUCUCCAUCUUUGGAACAUGGUGUGUGUGUGUGUGGAGGGACAGAAUCUGAUUAUCUUGCCAGAAAAUGUCCCCCCCUCUCCCUUUUGAGACACCCCUGGCCACACCUUCAGCUGAACAUACGUUCCCAGACAGGAGAUAAACACAGACCCGUGUGGGGAUCAGAUUGGCUGGAAUAGCAGCCAACUUUCUCGAUUAAAAACAUGACUUAAGAGCCUAAGAAGAGCCUGGUGGAUUAGGCCAGUGGCUCAUUGAGUCCAGCAUCCUGUUCUCACAGUGGCCAACCAGAUGCCCCAAUGGGAAAACCUCAAGCAGGAUUCAAUCUUAGGAGCAACUCUCCCUUCCUGUGGUUCCCACUAACUUUCAUUCAUAAGCAUUGCUGCUUCCAUCCAUGCAGCUAUCAUGCCUAGUAGCCAUCAAUAGCCCAUGAAUCUGUCCAAUCCUCUUUUUAAAGCCACCCAAGUUGGUAGUCAUUGCUGCAAUGAGUUCCAUGGUUUAACUCUGCUCUGCGUGAAGAAGGAGUUGCUUUUUCUUGUCCUGAACCUCCCAGCGUUUGGCUUCCUGGGAUGUCCAUGAUUUCUAGUUUUCUGAGAGAGAGGGUGGGGAAAAAACCUUUCUCUACCCACAGGAGGCAGUGACAGCUACCAACCUGGGUGGCUUUAAAAGAGGAUUAGACAAAUUCAUGGAGGAGCAGAGUGCUAUUGAUGGAUACUAGCCAGGAUGGCUAUGCUCUGCCUCUGUGGCCGGAGGCAGUAACUGAAUACCAGUUUUUGGGACCUGCCGGAGGAGGGGAGAGGGCUUGUAUACUUGGGUCCUGCUUGCAGGUUUCGCAGAAGAGGCAUCUGUUGGGCCACUGUGAGAAGAGGAUGCUGGAACAGAUGGGCCAAUGGCCUCAUCCAGCAGGUCUCUGACAUACUCUCCAACAUUUCUCUGAUGAAAAUAGGGAUGUCCUAUUCUCUUCUUCUUCUUCUUCUUCUUCCCUCGCCCAUCUGACUGGAUUGCCCCAGCCACUCUGGGCAGCUUCCAACAUAUAUAAAAACAUAAUAAAAUGACAAACAUUUUUUAAAAAAAAUCCCUAUACAGGGCUGUCUUCUAAAGGUUGUAUAGUUACUUAUCUCCUUGGCUUGGGGGGGUCUCAUACGCCAUACCUUCCAACGUUUCUCCGAUGAAUGUCCAAAGGAAAAGUGGGACAUUCCAGGAUCAGAUCAGAAACUGGGGUGGCUUCUGUAAAUCCGGGACUGCCCCCGGAAAAUUGGGACACUUGGAGGAACUGCUCUAAAGCUUUUAUGUCUGCUCUGCUAACUUGGCACCAGCAAGCCAAAGCGUGGGGCUGGGCUGUGGUGCAGUGCCUGGCAUCAUUUCCCGCUCUGUAGCCUCUGCCCAUGUGCUCCUCUUGCCCUCUUUGCCCGCACCUGGCAGGCAUUAGCUUAGCUUGCUCCCUUGCAAGCCAGCCAGCUACAACACAGAGACACAAGCAUCCAGGCUGCCUGCUAUCAUCCCCGGCUGCCUGUUGCCUGAGGAACUCCAUUAUCUCAGGGCCUUAGGCCAAGCCGAGGCGUCCAGCUGAGUCCUGAUUGGCCAGCCUCAAAGGUGUGUGAGUAAGAAGGAGCUGGGAGGCCCAUAAUCCUUUCCCAGAGGGAGGCAGGGCGGAUUAUCGGCGUAGAAAUCACCAUUCCUGGGUCCAGUUUCCGAAGGCCAUCUGCGUGUGAGUCAGGUCUCUCUCUCUCUCUCUCUCUCUCUCUCUCUCUCUCUCUCUCUCCAUCCACUGCCCAGGAGCUCUCUCCAAUUGCUGCUGGAUGUGUGCGUCUGCAGACACCUCCAUGCCAAGACAAUCAUAUCUGUGAAAAUAAGAGAGGUUAAAAAUAUAUUCAAGUUGGUUUGAAAUAUAACAGACAAAGCUACCUCCCUUGUCUGAAAUGCCAGCUCCCAGACUUGUAUCUUGUGCUGGCCAAGAGAUGAGGCAUCUGUGCCAUCUCCAAACUGAAGCAAGUGAAGAAUCAGAGAAUCGGAGAGUUGAAAGGUCACCCUUAGGGUCAUCUAGUCCAAACCCCUGCAGUGCAGGAAACACAGUUCAAGAAUCCCUGACAGAUGGCCGUCCAACCUCUGUUGAAAAACCUCCAAGGAAGGAGAAUCUGCCACCUUCUGAGAUAGUCCUUUCUACUGUCAAACAACUCUUACUUUCAGAAAGUUCUUCCUAAUGUUUAGUCCUUCUGUUUACUGUUCUUUUGCUCAUGAAAGCCGCCAUUAGCCCCAGAACCUCUUUUGAAUGUCAGUUUUUCAUCACUGGGCAUGUGCCGAGUGCAUUUUGCCUUCACAAUCUACGUUGUGUCAGUCGCCGCUGAGUUUUGUUCAGAGUGAAAUGCCAAGGUGGGUUUUGCACGUUACUGAGGAGAACAGCUCAGGUGGCAGAGUUUUGACUCUCCGCCUGCCUGAAUUGGGAGAUGGGUUUUGAUGCCCAGUGCCAGUUUUAGAAGAGGCAAGACAUCUUCCUGAGAGUCUUGGCCAAGAUCUCCUCUCUGUCCCAACAUCUUUAUGCCUGGAAGCUGAGAUGGUUCUUCCCGCCACCUCUAAGCUAUGGAACUCAUUGCCACAGGAAGCAGUGAUGGCCGCCAACCUAGAUGGCUUUAAAAGAGCAUUCAAGAAAUCUAUGGAGGAGAGGGGCUAUUAACCAUGAUGGCUGCUCUCUGCCUCCAAACUCAGAGGCAGCAAUGUAUCUGAAUACCAGUCUCUGGAAACCACAGGAGGAGAGAGGGCUCUUGGGCUGGGGUCCUGCCUGCAAGUUUCCAAUUGGGGCAUCUGGUCGGCCACUGUGAGAACAGGAUACUGGACUAGAUGGGCCCCCUUUGGUCUGAUCCAGGAGGGUCUUCUUAUGCUGCUACGGGACACCAGUCGCAGCCUACUUGGCACCGAGGCUGUGCAAAGCUUUGCUGCAGCUCUGCCGGAGGAGCUGGAAAGGUCGGCUGAGAGCCGCCCCCACCCUGCUGUUUGUCUGCGGACUGCUCUCACACACAGCAGGCGCCUCAGUUUUCCCCAAGGAGAUCAAGGGAGGCCGCAGCGUUGAGCCCACAGCACCAGCUCUCAUGCCAAACCCUCGCCUCUUUGACCUGUCGUAAGCUCUGGGAAACGGCUGGGGGCAAUUGGCGAGGAUGUCUGGAGUAGAGGGACACACCAUCAGGAUAGUCAAAGCGCAAUGGCCACAGAGAAAGCCAGGGAGGCCAGCUCUUGGGUGUUUUGGGGGGCAGUGAGGUCAACAAGGCCCCUUGAGUUGAGUUGAGGACUGUGGCAUCUGGCUAACAGAUGCCUAUAAAUAGGAGACGUUCAUGAGAAGCACCCAUCAUUGCUCGGGAAUGCUAAGAAACCUAACAGAUCAGUGCAGUUUUCAAAGCUGCGCAGUUUGGAAAGGUUCGAUCCACCAUCUUCAUUCCAAAUCACGUCUGCCAAUAUCAAAAUUUAGAUGCAAACGUGCCCCUCUAUUAUGGAUACCAAUAUCUCAAGAGAACCGACAGACAGACAGAUCGUUAUCUAGUAGAUGUGAGGCAUGCUGGAAUCGUAGAAUUGGAGGGAUGAACCCUCUUUAAUCCAACAGUGAUCUUUUGGUGGCUGUAUCUACAGGGCAGGCUUAGUGUGGCUUCCUAGUCACUCAUUCCUCUCAGGAAAUCCCUGCGAACUGAUGUUCUGCAAAGGGGACAGAGCAAUGAGCGUUCCCUCCCUCCCACAUGCCCCAACCGAAACAGCGACUUCCAGAAUGCUUUGGGAGUCAUCGGGACGUGUAUGAAACUUGAUGUAAGAACAUAGGAAGUGUUGGCUGGAUCAGGCCAGUGGCCCAUCUAGUCCAGCAUCCUGCUCUUAAAGAUGCCAAACCAGCUGCCUGUGAGAAACCAGCAAGCAGGACCCGAGUUCAAGAGCCUUCUCCCCUUCUGUGGUUUCUAGAAAAUGGGAUUUGGGAAGCAUUGCCUUCUCCAGCCACGGAGGUGGAACAGAGUCAUCCUAGCUAGUAGCCAUGGAGAGCUCUCUCCUCCACAAAUGCGUCUAGUCUUCUUUUAUUUUUUAAAAAUAUUUAUUAAAGUUUAAACAUUACAAAAAAGAAAAGAAAAACAAAAGAGAAAUAUACAAAGCAUCAGCAAUACAAAAAGAAGAAAGAAAAGAAAACAAAAGCAUUUAAAAAAAGAAAAAAAAACCAAAAGAACAAACAAACAUACAAAAGAACCCCACAUUUUCAUAUCCUUAUCUUUCAUUAGCUUAUUUCCUCGACUUCCUCACACCUCCUUUUUUGUAUUCUAGUUCAAUUAAAUAUUCUAGCAAGUCCUUUCCCUCUUUCACAAAUUUAGUUCAAUAAUUUAAUUUAACGAAAUUUUAGACUUAAAUUUACAUCUUUACCCAAUAUCAAUCUAUUCAUACUUAAUUCUUUAUAAUAUUUCUACUAAAGUCAUAUAACUUCUUUCCAGCAUCUUUCUAACAUUCAUUAAUUUUAGAGUAUUUCUGUAAAUAAGCUUUGAAUUUUUUCCAAUCUUCUUCCACCGACUCUUCUCCCUGGUCUCAGAUUCUGCCAGUCAUUUCCGCCAAUUCCAUAUAAUCCAUCAGCUUCAUCUGCCAUUCUUCCCUGGUAGGUAGGUCUUGUGUCUUCCAGUGCUUUGCGAUGAGUAUUCUUGCUGCUGUUGUCGCAUACAUAAAAAAAACUCUAUCCUUCUUUGGCACCAAUUGGCCCACCAUGCCCAGGAGAAAGGCCUCUGGUUUCUUUAAGAAGGUAUAUUUAAAUACCUUUUUCAUUUCAUUAUAGAUCAUCUCCCAGAAUGCCUUAAUCUUUGGGCAUGUCCACCAAAGGUGAAAGAAAGUGCCUUCAGUUUCAUUGCAUUUCCAACAUUUAUUAUCGGGCAAAUGAUAGAUUUUUGCAAGCUUGACUGGUGUUAUGUACCACCUGUAAAUCAUUUUCAUUAAAUUCUCUUUUAAGGCAUUACAUGCCGUAAACUUCAUACCAGUGGUCCAUAACUGUUCCCAGUCAGCCAUCAUAAUGUUAUGUCCAACAUCCUGUGCCCAUUUAAUCAUAGCAGAUUUCACCAUUUCAUCCUGGGUAUUCCAUUUCAGUAGCAAGUUAUACAUUCUUGACAAAUUCUUAACUUUAGGGUCUAACAAUUCUGUUUCCAACUUUGAUUUUUCCACUUGAAAACCUAAUUUUUUGUCCUGGCGUCUAGUCUUCUUUUAAAGCCAUCUAAGUUGUGGGCCAUCACUGCCUCCUGUGGGAGGGAGUUCCGCUGUUUAAAAUAUUGCACUUCCUUUCCUCUGCCCUGAAUCUUCCAGGUUUCGUUUUGCUCUUUCCAGUCUGCGUGUUAGUAUAUAGGUUUCAUUGGAGCUUAGACCUUGGCAACUGUUUACAGCCGAGCCACUUGAGAGCAGGGAUGGGGUGGAAUCCAAGCAAGAAAGACUCUGGGCUCACGCAGAGUGCCUUUCUCUUGUUCCUAAAUCGCCAACUCUAAACAAUUGUUUGUCCGUCUCCAGCUGUAAAAUUUCUGGCGGAGGAGGGGGAAAAAGGCACACGCCCCGUUUUAUUUUCAUUUUUAAUGAAAAGAAAAUACGUAAACAUUGCAGCAAAACAAUGAGCUCUUCGGAGGGUUUGCUGAGUCCCAUCCCACCCUUUGCGUGCAAACGGUUACAUCCUUUGCGGGGAGAGCUUCGAUUUGCAAAAUGGCACCCCCCCCCCCAUCCCUGAAAACACUCAUGUUUGCAGCAAACCGCCUGGGGGGUUAGUGAGUUUAGGAAAGAAGUCUAUUUUUCCAAAUCCCCCAUUUUGUUUUUCAUAGCAAGCCAUGGAAAAAUGGGGAGGUGGGGGGGGCGGGGAGAGAGCAUUUUCCAAAAGUUGAUUCAUUUUCUGGGCACAAACAUCAGUGAUACAAUUAAGCAGCCUUCGACUGUCCUUUUCUGUUUGCUAACAGGGAGUGGGGGUAGAGCGGGGCUUAAUUAGACUAUGGUUGCGAUGCUAACCGUCUGGGGGAAAUCAAGCACCUCUGAGCAUGAGAGGAGUGCCAUCCUUUGCAACAGUCCAUAAGUAUGGCAUGCAUGGCCUGGAGAAAAUGGACAGAGAAAAGCUUUGCUACCCCUCUCAUAUUAACACAAGAACUUGCAGAUAUCCGAUGAAGCGGGAUGUGAGAUGAUCAGGACAGAUAAAAAGACUUCUUUAUGAAGCGCAACUCAUUCUUGCACGAGGCCACCAUGCUCACCAACUUAAAAAAAAUAAUCAUAGGAUUUUAGAGUUAGGGUCAUCUAGUCCAACCCCCUGCAAUGCAGGAAUCUCAGCACACAGUCCCCCAUCCAAUUUGAAACCAGACCCUCCAAGUGUCACUAUUUUCCAGGGACAGUCACAGGUUUACAGAAGCUCUCCCAGCUACUGAUUUGAUAUCUCAUUUUUCCUGAGCAUAUUCCUUCGGAUGUCCCUAUUUUUAUCAGAAAAACGUUGAAGGGUAUGGAGUUAUGCGACCCCCAAGCCAAGGAGAUAAGUAACUGUACAACCUUUAGCAGACAUCGGAAAGCAGCUGUAUGGGGACUUUUUGUUUAAUGUAUAAUGCUUUAUUAUGUGAUUAAAUACAGUAUGUUGGAAUCUGCCCAGAGUGGCUGGGACAACCCAGUCAGAUGGGUGGGGUAUAAUAAUAAUAAUAAUAAUAAUAAUAAUAAUAAUAAUGGAAUAGGACGUCUCUAUUUUCACUGGACAGAUGUUGGAGGGGUAUGUUAUUUUCAAUUCCUCUCCUAAUGAUCCCUAGCCUUUUUCACGCCCUCCUUGGGAAAGGCAUUGUAGGCCUCUCUCCCUUUUGCUCGGCAGUUGCAAAACCCAAUGCAUUUAGACUGGGAAGACGGCGAGAUAUAAGCCGAGUGAUAAAUACCAAUAAAUCUCGGAGAGUCGUCCGUCUGCGAGGCAUCAGAUUCCGGCUUGCCAAGUCUCUCCGCGUGCAGCCGCCUCACUUCCUGGAAUCGCUCUCCAUGGCUGCCCAUUUGUGAGUCACAUUGCACAAGGAGUGUGUGUGUGUGUGUGUGUUGCAACAACUCCAUUUUAUACAUGUUCACUGACAGCCCAGCAGAGCUGUGGUUAGAGAGAGAGAGAGAGAUGACCUGUCUUGCGUCCCCUUUCCCUGGAAAUUCAAGAGCAACACUUUGGCAGAGCUUUAUUUGUUAAACAAAAUCUAUAUGCCACUUGAUCAAGGCUCCAAACGGUUUACGAGAAGUCAUCCAUCAAAAAACAGUAAUUGAAAACAUUUGGGAAAUGAUUAAAACUAAUGGUAGACUAAAGAGAGAUUUGAAGUACAUGCAUACAUGCCUGGGCAGGCUUGCCUGAGCAAAAUCUUUAAGCAGGUGCUGUAGAGAGUGCAGCCGAGGCUCCUGCCUGAUGUCAAAAGGCAGGGAGUUCCAAAGUUUGGGUGGUGCCAUGCUAAAAGAACAGAUUCUCACAAGUGCAGAGGUUGUGUGGCACCUGUAACUGGGCCAGUUCUGCAGAGCAAAGCAGUUGAGUAGACACAUUACGGAGUCAGGUGGUCCUGCAAGGAAAGCGGUCCUAAGUUUUCAACAGGUUUUUGUACCAGCAGCAAUGCGUUGCUACCUUGGCCUGAUAGCAAACUAGCAGCCUGUGCAGAUUCCAGCUAAAUUCUAGGAAGAAUUUUCUGGUAGUAGGAAAUGUUCAAUAGGCGAGUGGACAACCUUAGAAAGUGGCUAGACUCUCCUUUCUUGGAGGUUUUUAAGCAGAGGUUGGAUGGCCAUCUGCCAGGAUAUCUUUCGCUGUGAUUCCUACAUUGCAGGAGGUGAGAUUAGAUGACCCCUGGACUCCUUCUUAAACUGUGGUGCCCAGAACUGGACAAGCUUCUCCAUGGCGAUUCAUCUUCUCUGGUCUGGAGAAAUAGCUCCUGGUGUCAAAGGUUUUCCGGGGCAGAAUCCUGGACCCAAUGGGCUGGGUUUGAUGGCAGGCCUAUUUUCUGGGGGCUGGGGGGGGAGGGAGAGAGGAAAAGAAAGAGAGAAGCAUGUUCUGAUUACAGGCAAAGGCAGAGGGAAGCUGGCCCACAGCCACUGACAAUUUUGGGAAGGAAACAAAAGAUUGUGUUUUUGUUUUGUUUUGAUUUGUUUCUUACAAAGGAAACACAGAAAGCUCCAGCGAAGCCAGCUGUGAGGGAAGGCCAGGAUUGCUCCCGCCACAUACCUGGGCAGAUUGAAGCCUCAGCGACAUCUGCUGGGCAAGGCAGAAGCGGCACAACUAAUUGUUUCCUGGGCAGCAGGUGAUCGUGCUGAUCUUCCUCAGGAAUGGCCACAGCCUGGUGGUCGGGCACCUGCUAUGCAUGCAGAAUGUCCCAGGUUCAAUACUGAGUGGCGUCUCCUGGUAGAGCUGGGAGACCCUUGUCUGAAACUCUGGAGGCUCACUGCCUGUCAGUGUAGACACUGCUGAUCCAGAUAAUAGAAUCAGAAUUGUAGAGUUGGAAGGGAUCCCCAAGGGUCAUCUAGUCCAACCCCCUGAAAGGCAGGAAUCUUUCGCCCAACGUGGGGCUCGAACCCUUGGCGCUGAGAUUAAGAGUCUCAUGCUCUACCAACUGAGCUAUAUAGACCAGUGGUCUGACUUUGUCAAAGGCAGUUCUCUGUGCUCCUAUUUGGGAAAGGCCUAUUUAAACCAGCUCUUUGUCUAGAACCAUGAGGACUAGAGUCUUACUUUACUUUUAGCGAAAGCGCCGUCGCUUAGCAGUGCAUCAUCUGCUCUGAAUGCAGAAGGUCCCAUGUUCCAUCCCCAAUGGCAUCUACAGGUAGAGCUGAGACUGUCUCCUCCUUGAAACUAUGAAGAGCCACUGCCAGUCAGUGUCAACAGUACUAAAGUAGAUGGUUCAGUGGUCGGAUUCUGUACAAGGUUGCUCCCUGUGUUCCCCAUAGAGUAGGCAAAACUGAUGGGGAGGGCGGAGGUCCCACAUUGGCUGGGAUUAUCUAGUGUGAAGUAUUUUCUGUAUUAUUACAUAUUCAUUGUGUUUAUGAACCACCUUUUUUUCUCCAAGGCAGUGGUGUAGCGUAGGUUGCCGAUGUCCUGGGCAAGGCAAGUAUUGCACCCCCUAAGCCAUGGACCAUUGGCACAGAUGCCAAGAGGUAGUUUUCUAGGUGGGGCUUGGCGAUCUCACAUGGGGCUGAAAUGGACCAAGUUUGGGAGUUGUAGAUAACCUUAAGAUCAGAGGCAGGCGGAAAAGCAAACACAACUUUCCACUUGCCUGUUUCUUUGUUUGUUUUGGGCAAGUCUGUGCAACGGCUCAUUUCUUUUAAAAGAGGCGCUUUCUGAAUCCAAGGUGGUGGGAAUCACAGCAUGGAAGAGGACAGCAGCAAGCUGGGAAGUGCCAGUAUUUUUUCUUUUGAAAUUUUGUGCCCCCUCAUAAUUUUGCACCCGGGGCCCCUACCCUCUCCUCCCCAUGCUAGACCACUGCUCCAAUGAGCUUUAGGUGGCGGACAUGGUCCCCCUGCCUCAUUUAAUCCCCACAACAACCCUGUGAGGUAGGUGAGGCUGAGAGGCAGUGGCCAGCCCCCAAUGAGGCCUUCAUGGCUGAGUAGGGGCAGAAUUCGAACCCUAGUUUCCCAAGUCCUAGUCCGAUACUAGAGUACAUUGGUCCACCAAAAAGGCAGAAGGGGAUACAUCUGAGCUUCUUCCUGCUCCUUUCUCCUCCCUCAACGCCAUCCCCCCUCGCCGGCAGCCACGCUCCUCCUCGGGUCUCUGUUUAUUUCAUCACCCUCCUCUUCCCACCCUCCUUCCCUCCAUCUGUUUUGGCGAAGCCUCUUGCCUGUUUCCCAAUUCGCCCUGGCUUGCAUGUCUUGAGGAUUCUGGCUUGUGUUGACUUCACUUUGGGCCGCUGUCCAGCAGCCAAUUAAGCUAGAAUGCCGGAACUUUAAACCAGUUCUAGACCCGCUCUGGAGAACGGGGGAGGGAAGGCGGUUAGAAGAGGCAUCGGUGUGUGUUGGGGUGGGAAUAGUGGGGGGGGGGAGGAACCUAGAGAGUUUUGCUGAUCUGGUGAUUGGAGGCCUGUUUCUUAUGCUGGUUUCCAGAUGUUUUUUCACCACGCUCUCCAGCACGCCGGAGCAGAUGUUCAGGCGGUAGCGCUUAAUUGGUGCCUACCCUUGAACAUGAGAAGAGGCUGCUGGAUCAGGCCACUGGGCCGCCGGGUUGCAGCCUCGUGUUCUCCCAGUAGCUGGCCAGAUGCACCACUGGGAAACGCAGAAGCAGGAUUCGCCACUUGUGAUUCCCAGCAUCACUGCCUCCAACUGUGGAGGAAGGACAUAGACAUCGUGGCUUCAAUAGAUGUCUAAUCUCUUUGGAAUCCAUCCAGACUGGUGGCCCUCGCUGCCUCCUUUUGGAGGGAGUUCCUGAAGAACCUAGGGAGAUCCUGCUGGAUCAGGCUGAAGGCCAGUCUAGUCCAGCAUCUUAGGAAAAGGAAAAGGGUUCAAAUGAGAGAUUCCGACCAAACAUCAGGAAGAAUUUCUGGUGGUAAGAGCUGGUCUGGACCCUAUUGGAAGGUGGUGGACACUCCUUCCUUGGAGGUUUCGAAGCAGAGGUUGUAUGGCCACCUGUCAGGGUUUGGCCUAGGACCCUCGUACCUACGGGACCGCCUCUCCUGGUAUGCCCCAUGGAGGACCUUAAGGUCCAUAAAUAACAACACUUUAGAGGUCCCAAGCCUCAAGGAGGUUAGAUUGAUUUCAACUAGGAACAGGGCCUUUUCAGCACUGGCCCCGACAUGGUGGAACGCUCUGUCACAAGAGACUAGGGCCCUGCGGGAUAUGACAUCUUUCUGCAGGGCUCGCAAGAUGGAGCUGUUUCGCCUGGCCUUUGGCUUAGACUCACUCUGGCCCCUUAUAUGGGAUUUGGUAUAUAAAUUUUCCCUUGGCUUUUUUUGCUGGCUCAUGUAGGACCAGCAUGGAUAGCUGACUUGGGUGAAUAUCUGAUGUUUUCUCCCUUUAUGGUCUUGAUUUAUGGGCUACUACUAAAAUGAGGCUGCAUUUUAAGCUGCAUUUUAAGCCGUAUUUUAAUUAACUGUUUGUUUGUUUGUUUGUUUGUUUGUUUGUUUGUUUGUUGUUGUUUCUCUUAUAUUUUAUUGUAAUUCAUAUUUGGUGUUAGCCGCCCUGAGCCUGCCCCUGGCCGGGGAGGGGAGGGUAUAAAUAAUUUUUUAAAAAAUUAUUACUUAUUAUUUAUUGAGCUGUGAUUCCUGCAUUGCAGAGGGUUGGACUAGAUGACUCUUGGAGUUCCCUUCCAACUGAAUCAUCUUCACCAUCACCUCCCUAGGAGGCGCUGCUGAUUCCUCAGUCUCAAGCCUUCUUUGCAUGCUCCCGAGUAUUGUAGCCUACCUUUCACUGUUGUUGUGUGAAAUUACUGCGAUAAAACAUGCAACUCUGCUUUUUUGGGGGAGGGGGAAGUGUUAUGGAAAUUCUGUGAGACACUCUGUGAUUUUUACGGAGCUUAUGAAAAUACGAUCCAAGCUCAAAGGCUGGAGGUGGUGGGUGCAAGAUUGGGCAUGGCUCCUCCGCUCCUUCGAGUCGCACUGUGGCUCACGACUUUGAUUUGGGGAUGGACUGGGGUUUUGCUGCCAAUGCACAGCUUGACUCGCUUGCUUGAGCCAUCCGCGAGUCUUUGCUCAGUUGCCUCAUCUCCCUUGGGUGCAGGUUCAGUGGGGGUGUAUGGGGAGGGGAGAUUGAGAGGACCCCGUCCUUGGACUGUCUGUCUUUUCCACGGUUUGAAGAGAGGGAAAACAAUCUUCAGAGAAUGACGCCAGUGUUAAUUAGCUAAUUAGGGGGAUGCUGAGGGUGUGUGUGUGUGUGUGUGUGUGUGUGUGUGUGUCAGAGAGAGAGAGAGAGAGAGAGAGCGUCCCUUUUUCCACCCCCUAAAAAAUGAAACCUCUUCACAGCCCAACUUGGCCUUUGUUUGACAAUGGAAAAACUCCCUUGGGAGGUAGUGGACUUCAUUGGAACAAGAGUUUAGACGGCCACCUGUCAGAGAUUCGUGAGCUGUGGUUCCUGCAUUGCAGGGGGUUGGACUAGAUGGCCCAUGGGUACCCCUCCAAAUCAUAGAAUUGUAUUCUAUGAUUCUAUGCAUCUGAGGCCCCUCCAGAUGUUUUGGACUGAAACAUCCUCCAACCUCAUCAACAGGGAGCUGUGUUCACACCAGCUGAAUUAUCACAUGACCACACUGACUGGGGCUGAUGGGAGAUUUAUUUGUUUAUUUAUCUAUUAAGAUUUACACACUGCUUGAUUGCAAAAAACCCCAAAACCCUCUCAAAGAGGUUUACAAAAAGAUAAAACGAUGAACUUAUCCUUAAGAAGAAUUAACAACAAAAGUUAAGACUUUCUGAAUGUUAAAAUAACAAUAGCAGAUUAAGAACUGGAAGCAGAUUAAAAUUCACACCAAUUUUCUAAACAUCUGAGUGGGCUUGUCUAAACAAAAAUGUUGUUAGGAGGCACCAAAAAAGGUACCGGGACUGUUUAUGUAUGCGACAACAGCUGCAAGGUUGCUACUAGCCCAAAGAUGGAAAGAACCAACAGUCCCAACUAGGGAAGAAUGGCAAGCCAAACUGCCGGACUAUACUGAAAUGGCAAAACUGACUGGGAGACUCAGGAAUCAAGAAGAUAAUGACUUUAAAAAAGAAUGGGGGAAAUUCAUUUACUUAGGAGACCAUUGUAAACAAAUUAAAACGUUAGCUGGACUUUAAAAAUAACUUGUAAAGAAACGAAAGAUAUGGAUAAUUUAGAGAGAUAAAAAUUGUGGAGAACGUAAUAUGUAGUUUUAGAAAAAGUAUUUUAAGGACCCAUGCAGGGGACAGGGGGACGGGAAGCCACAAGAUUCAGAGAAUCUCAUAUAUGGAUAUGCUGAAAGUUUUUUUCCCUUUUUUAUUAUUUUGGAUUUGUUCUUGUAAAAACCAAUAAAAAAAUUAUUAAAAAAGAAAAGAAAAUGGUACAUGCUUGGUAUCAAGAGGCAGGGAGUUCCAAAGUGUAGGAAUGGGUAUUAUGUAGUCCAAGUCAUCUAGAGGGCCCCAGGAGGUUGGUCUAAUUCCUCACUCUGCCAGCUGCUGCUGCUCUCCCUACUUGGCAAGGGCACUCUCCAGAUUUCCUAGUGGCCAUCCCAUAAUAAAUCAUUGUCAUUGGGGGUGGGGCAGGAAAGGGCAAGAUGCCCGCUUGAGGAAAAGAGCACAUGGGCAGAAAAUUCCAGUUUUCUUUGCCACCCCUUCACAACUUAUCCAGAAAGCAGAUAUGUUUGGGUGUUGCCGUUCUUUCGUAACUACAGCCAGAUCUGCGUUAGAUUGAAUAUCUCUUUUUUAAAAAAAAAGGAAAAGGAAAAGCCUUCUCUCUUGUUAACAGAAUGUUCAAAGCUUUAGAGGAAAGAGAUUGAUGUGUGCAAUUGUGUGGUUUGCAUUUCUUUCUGUAUACAAGCAAAGCAAUGUCACGCCAUGUGGUCCACCUACAGGAAAGAUGGGCAACAUCUGGAGAGGGGGAUCCAGAUGUGCUUGACUCCAGCUCCUGGCCUCUGGCCUCGGGGUUGAUGUUAAGAAUUGGGAAUCCACCACACACCUGCAGACCCCCACAGAUCUCCCCCAGCCAUGACCUGCAAACUCAGCUUGGGAGACUGGCUUUUUAAAAAGCCCUUUCAAGAAAUACGAAUAUAAGAAGUCUGUUGGAUCAAGCCCAUGGCCCAUCUAGUCCAGCAUCCUGUUCUUACAGUGGCCAGUCAGAUGACUGUGGGAAACCUGUAAGCGGGACCUGAGCCCAAGAGUCCUCUCCCCUCCUGUGGUUUCCAAAAACUGGUAUUCAGAAGCGUUGCUGCCUCCAAGGUCCCUAGCUGGAGACCCGGACCCUGGGCUGACAAAAGGUCCCCUCCCUUUGUUGCAGCGAAAGAGAAGCACUCUGCUUGUGCUCAGGAGCAAUCCUCUUUCUUGUUCCUACUUCAGAAGAACCUGCUGGAUCAGGCCAGAGUCCCAGCUAGUCCAGCAUCUUGUUCUCACUGUGGCCACCCGGGCGCCUCUACCAGGAAACCCACAAGCAGCAUUUGAGCACAAUUGCACUCUUCCUUCCUGCAGUUUCCUGCAAUGGGCAUUGAGAAGUCUUGCUGCCUCUGUCUGUGGAGGCAGAGCAGAGCCAUCCUGGCCAACAGCCAUCCUCCAUGAAUUUGUGCAAUACUUAUUUAAAGCCCAGUCGGUGGCCAUCACUGCUUCCUGCGGCAGGGAGUCCUGCAGUUUAACAAUGUGCUGCGUGCAAAGUGCUUUCUUUUACCUGCCCUGAAUUUCCCAACAUCCAGCUUCCUUGGAUGUCCAAUGUCACAAGAGGGGGUGGGAAUCUUUCCCUUAUCCACUUUCCCCAUGACAUGCAUGCUUUUAUUUUUUAUUUUUUACCAAACACAAGCAGUGAAACCCCCCAGGCAGCUGAUACAUUGGGUAUACAUAAUCAAUAAUAACAUAUUCAAAUCAACCAUAUCUACAAUUUUAUAUACGUUAACACUCCUCCAUCCACAAGGACAUGCAUGCUUUUAUAAACUUCUAUCAGGUUGCCUCUUACAUUUUCUCUCAGUGAAAAACCCCAUUGGAGGAGGGUUGCUCCAUCCCCUUGGACUGCUCUGCUUGUCCCUUUCUGAGCCUGCUUGGCACAGGCUGGGGCUGGCAUUGCAAACAGGUUCUGGGGCUGAGCCCCAUCUCAAACGAAGCUCUAUGUGGGAGCUCUGUGUGGGAGACAACUCAGCUCCUCCCAGGGCUUUGCUUCCAGCUGAGCAUCUUUCAGCUCCCACCAGCCACACCAAUAGCUCCUUGGCCCAGAGAGAGCCCUUCCGCAAUCAGACGGUUGAGAAAAGGUCAGCUCUGUUGUUCGACUCCCAGGGCAAAGCAUGUUGAACUUAAACACAAGUGUUUAUUUAAGAGGGGAGGAGCAAGGAAGGCGUGUUGGCUGGACGGGAGGGCGAGAGAGGGGGGAAGAAGGCAACAUGAAAACAAAGGGUGAGCUGUUCGGGGCAUGGUUGCGCAAUCCUCACGGAGGGUCAGAGGCAAAGCAGGAUUCCACCCCGGAAAGCCAAAGUGCUGUCAGUGACUGGAGCAGCAAAUGAGCAGUUGACACAGGCCAGAGAUGGUGGGGGCGGGUUGUGCAAAAGAGAGAGUGCAGAUCUUAACACGAUACUUGCCGCGUUGUUUCUCUUUAUGCAUCCAGGAAACUAGCAGAUCACACUUGCAAAUUUGGUUCAUAGAAUCCCAGAAUUGUAGAGGUGGAAGGGAACCCCAAAGGUCAUCUAGCCCAACCCCCAGCAACGCAAGAAUCACAGCUAAAGAACCCUCGACAGAUCGCCCUUGGACUUGUGCCCUGAGCCCUUUUACUACCCAGCAAUGCUCCUGAGUGGCAGGAAGAUGGGAGCGGGGGAAAGAUGGAGGCCAAGGGAGUCUUCUAAGCCUUCUCAACACUUUUGUCUUGGAUGGGCACGAAUGGGGUUUCCCUUCAUCACCAGCUAUGAGCCAAUCAAACUCUCCUUUCCUUUCCAGGGGUCCCAGGUGCUGGCGUUGGAGUUCCCGGGCAAGGCUACUACCCAGGUAAGGGGGUGCUACUACCUGCUGUGUUUAUCUUUGUGUUAAAGAUGCCACCAAAUCCACCCGAUUUUAUUUGUGUGUGGAAUUUCUCUGCCCCUUCCCACAAUAAGCCACCCUUCUCAAAGCCCCUUUCUUGCAAGAAAAGGGUCACAAACAGGAAUAAUGGGGCGAGAUAAUGCACUGCCCUGUGGAAUUCAUGCAUGCAUUCUUCCAUUUGUCUGGCUGAUUAAUUUCUGAUCCUGCUGACAUGCCCUCUCCCUAAGCAUCCCAGGGGGAAUCGCAUCGUCUUAAAAAGCAAUCUCAAAAUAAUGCAUAAUCAGUCAAUGAGAGCUGGUGUGGUAUAGUGGUCAGAGUGUCGGGUUAGGACCUGGCAAACAAGGGUUUGAAUCUCCCACACCACCAUGAAAUUCCCUCGGUGACUUUGGGCCUGUCACUGCCUCUCAGCCUAGCGUACCUCAUAGGGUAAUUUGUGGGGAUUAAAUGGGGGGCAACCAUGUAUGCCGCCUUGAGCUCAUUGGACAAAAAGGUGGGCUAUAAAUGCAAUCAACCAAUCAACAAACUAUGAGUCGACAACAGUAAAUGCUACACUUGAUAGCACCAUUUGCAGCGGGUGAGGCCUGUGGCCCCCUGGUUGUUGCUGAACUACAACUCCCAUCCUCACCCCUGAGCUACUCUUGCUGGUGCUGAAGCUAGUUUCAGUUCCCAUCAGCACCAGUGAUGGGUGCUGCGUAAGCCUGCUUGCGAUGGCUAGGCACUGUUUGAGGGCCCCUCCUGGGUCUCCUGAGACAACUGUCUUGAUCCCUACAGGAGCUGCUGGCGUAGGAGGACUAGGAGGACUUGGUGGGGCAGGUGAGUCCCUGGAGGAGGGAAAGGAUGCUCUCUGCCUCUUGCGCUUGAGCGACCAAACGGUUUAGAAGAUAAUGCAUGGGGCAGGGAACAUAGGUGGUGGUCCUUUCCCCUGUUUCACCCAUGGAUCAGUGGCAGGACAGCUGCAUUGAACCUAAACUGAACCAAGGAUCAGAAAAGGGCAACCCAAAUGAUCAAGGAGGGGCAGCAAAUCCCCCACAGGGAAAGGUUGCAGCAUUUGGGACUUUUUAGUUUAGACUAAGGCAAGCAAGAGGAGCUUGUAAAAUUAUGCAUGGCAUGGAGAAAGCGGGUAGAGGAAAGCUUUCCUCCGUCUCUCAAAACGCUGGCCCUCCUGGACAUCUAACGAAGGAGAACAAGGGAAGAUUCAGAACCUGCAAAAGGAAGGACUACUGGAUAGCUUAGUUGGUCAGAGCAUGGUGCUGAUGAUGCCAAGGUUGAAGGUUUGAUCCCUAUAAGGGAUGGCUGCAUAUUCCUGCAUUGCAGCGGGUUGGACUAGAUGGUCCUCAGGGUCCCUUUCCAACUCCAUGAUUCUUCAUGCAUUGCAUAGUUAAACUUUGAAACUCUCUCCCACAAGAGGCAGGGAUGGCCACCAGCUUAGACAGCUUUAAAAGAGGGUUAGACAAAUUCAUGGAGGACAAUAAAGCUAUUGACGGCUACUAGCCAAGAUGGCUAUGUUCUGCCUACAUACUUGGAGGCAGCAAUGCUUCUGAAUACCAGCUGCUGGAAAUAGCAUCUAUAGGGUGUCAUGUUGGCUGCCCAUGAUAUACUUUGGAGCUUCGCAUCAGACAGUUGGGAAAUGUGAGUGGGGAGUCUUCAAAGUCCAUUUUAAAGUAUUCAGGGUAGCACCCAUGUUUGCCUUUCUGGGGAGGGAAUUCCACAGAAUGGGGCCAGUCACCAUGAAGGCCCUGUCUCUGUUUAUGUCCACCAAUCUAGUUCACAUUAGAGAAGCGUGAGGACAGGGAAUUUCAGGCCUGGGUGCUGGAUGCAGCCCUCUAUGUGGCCCCUGAGACCCUCAUCUGCCCUGCACCUGCCCGGAGUUGUAUUGCCUGGCAGGGAUAGGUUCUUGACCUGAGAGGUUGCCUCUUGCUUGCUUGGAUGACUGUGAAAGUAGUGUGUGUUUUUGUGGGUGUGAGAAUUUCUGAGUGUCAUGGGGCUCGGGUACAGCCUACCAUACAAUGGUAAGUGCCCCAAUCCUUUGCUCUGCCCACUGUUGCUUUUGGGGAUGCUUCUCCUGACAUUGGCGCUCAUCUAACUGUACUGGAUGCCUCCCUUUCUCCCCAGGAUUUGGAGCAGGAGCAAAGCCCCCCAAACCAGGUAAGUGGCCAUCUCCACUUCCCCUAAUGCUCUUUGUGACUGACAUGGUCUCUCCUCUCUUGUUGUGGCUACUAAAUGGGGAGAGGAGGAGGAAGAGGCAGCCCAGUGGGCUUACUUGUGUACUCCUCUCCCCAGGUUCUGUACCAGGGAUGGGGGAAUCUGUGGCCCUCCAGAUGUUGACCACAUCAUGAUCGGCCACUGGCCAUAGCCAGGAUUUUUGUUAGGGGGCAGAGCAGGCCUUUUGUUGGUCGGGGAGGGCAGAACCUCAGUUUGCUGUGUGUUUUAUUGAUUUUUAUUGAUUUAUGGGGCAGCUGCCUCUCCCUGCCCCCCUGGAUAUGCCCAUGCUUCUGGGGCUGGUGGGAGAUGGAAAAGGUUUGGAAAAGAGCAAGGCGAUAGAAUGUCUCCCCUGUGAGGGGUGGUUGCAGCCUCUGGGGAUUUUUAGUUUAGAGGAAAGUAAAGCAAGAUAGACCUUUAUAAACUGAUGCACAAUCUCAAGAAAGUGGAUAAGAGAAAGUUUUUUCCCCUCUCUCUUAUAACAUUGCAACUUGUGGACAUCAGGUGAAGCUGAAUGUUGGAAGAUUUGCGACAGCUAAAAGGAAGGCCUUCUUAUUCCAGCAUUUGCGGGGGUUGGACUGGAUGACCCUCGGGGUCCCUUCAAGUUCUGUAGUUCUAUGAUUCACAUAGUUAAAUUGUGGAAUCCACAGUUCCCACAGUAGGCAGUUAUGGAGACUGACCUACAUGGCUUUAAAAGAGGAUUGGAUAAAUUCAGGGAGAAGAGGGCUAUUGUUGGCUACUAGCCGGGAUGGCUAUGUUUUGCCUCCAUGGUCAGAAGCACUGAUGCUUCUGAAUGCCAUUUGCUGGAAACCACAGGAAAGGAUAAGGCUUUUGUGUUUAUGGCUUUGGUGGUUACUGUGAGAACAGGAUGCUGGGCUAGAUGGGUUCUCUGUGGGCUGAUCCAACUGCAGUACUUCUGACGCCCUGGCUUCUUUUCUCCUCUGCAGGUGUCGGAGGCACUGGAGCACUAGGUAAGCUUGCCCUGCGCACGUGAGCUCUCCAGCUGUUUCCUGGGAAGGUCUGGCUGAGAGCAGGUAUCUCAGACCCAUCACCGGCUCUUCUAGGGCUCCCAAGCUGGUGAGAGGGAAUUGUUUGGAGGAUACGCAGAGCACUGGCUCAGCACAACUGCUGCCUGGGGCAAAGCAGAAAGGUGCCACCUUAUCCCAUUCCAUGCUCAAAAGCAUACUGGCAGCUGAGUCUUACUUCAGCACUGGCAAUGGGGACAGCGCCCUGUGCUUCAUGUGAGGGCAGAAUGCCUGCUUGACCUAGUGGUUCUCAAAAUGUGUGGCAUUGUGCCCAUUGCAUGGGCUUACCUAGGUGGGUACUAAGAAGCAAGCACAGAGGCUGGAGGUGAAAAUGACUAUCAGAUUUUGAAAAGUUGGUAUCACUGAAUCAUCAAUUUUCUAAUUGGAUUUUGAAUAAAUGCACUUUUAAUUGUUGCUGCUUUGAAUUUUAUUGCGUUGUUAUCUGCCUUAGUGGGUCAUGCAGGCUGCUAUUCUGAAUAAUGCAUUUUAUAAAGUAGGGGGGGUGAAUUUAUGGGACCAGGGGGAUGGACCCCCCAAAAAAUUCUUUUGGGAGCUGCUGCAACUCACUCCCGCAGGAGUCAGUCAUGACAACCAGGUUGGAUGGCUCUUGCUAGUUUAAGAGAUGGGCACAUAGAAAGCAAGUGGAGCACAGUGGCUGGACAAAGAGGAGUGGUGGGAGGCAACGGCCAGGGAACCCCCGAGGGAAACCCCAAAGGAGGAAGGCUCAGAGCCUGGGGAUUGGUGGCGGGACACUGGGGAGAGGUCAGAGGGAGCAGAUUGGCAGGAGCAACUGGAUGCUGAAGGGCAACAGGGUUUAGCAAGCAGGAAGAGCCUGUGGUCAGACUCCAAGGGUGUUCAGACUCCAAGGAGUCAAGAGGCUGCAAAAGAAUCCAGGGAGUCUCCCUCUCCUGCUGCAACAAACUCCCCUCCCUGCUGGUCUCCAAUAACAGAGAAUAAUGAGGAGGGGGGCAGAGCAGAGGUCAGAAACACACAGACGCAGAUGGCUUGGAAAACGUCUGGGAGAGGAGGAACCUUAGGAGGGAUGGGAGGCAGAUGCUCCAUAGGGGCAAGACCUGCUUGGAAGUGUUGCUGAGUUGCAUGCCAUUUCGAAGAAAGAGUUAACUUCACUGAUGACAGAGUCCUGCAUCUUUCAAGCUGACCUGCAUCUGACUCCAGCCCUGACACUCAGUGCCGCUUUCCUUCUCUGCCCUAGGUGGUGGUGUCUAUCCAGGUGGCGCCUAUCCAGGAGGUGUCUAUCCAGGAGGUGUCUACCCAGGUGCCGGAAGCCCUGCGGCGGCAGCUGCUGCUUAUAAGGCAGCUGCCAAGGCUGGUGAGUCAAGGCUGCAGGUGUCUCUGAUGAUUAUGGAGGUUCUUCUGCCUGCCUACUCCGUGGGACACAGAAUCCGCGCUCUGGCUGCCUCUCUGCCCCACAAUGCAGCCAUUGCUUUGCUGGUCUCCCCUCCUGAUAUUUUCCCCUUAGAAGGCAAUUCCCAAACAAUCCCUCGGUGGUGAUGUUGGGCUGUCGCAAUACAGAGAUGCAGUCCUUUGAGGAGGCUUCCCAUUCUAGUUAUUCGAAUGCCUUCUCUGCACCAGAGGAUGCCAUCGCUUGUGGUGCAGGGACAUAGCAGAACAGGCAGCCUCUUGUAGGCUUCUGGAUGUGUCCCUGUUCUUGACAGCAACUCACCCAGAAGCACAGGUAAUGUGCUCCUCUGAGAGCAAGUGAUUCCUACUUUUAGGCACUCAGAAAAUAAAUAUUUUGGGUGAGGGGGAAGGCAGCUUUCUGAAAUGUGAUCAUGGCUGCUCCAGCUAUGACAACAGGAUCUGAGUUCCUGAGACUCUGUUUGUGUUGUCCCUUAAACAGGCGCUGGGGCUGGUGCAGGUACUGGUGUAGGCGUACCUGGAGCUGGCGUGGGUGUACCUGGAGCCGGUGUAGGCGUACCUGGAGGCGGCGUGGCUGUACCUGGAGGUAAGCUAUUUCCACAGGGUAUGUUGCCUUGAUCUCCUCGCACCCCAGAGACUUAGGAACACUGGAGAGAGAAUUGGCCCAUCUAGUUCAGCCUUGCCUGUGUUUCCUGUCAGCACAGGAAGUGACACAGGUUACAUUCCAGCCUGGCAAAGGCCUGCAAGGAGAGCUCAGAACCAGGCUAGAGGGGUGUGUGGUCUAGAGAGGAGGCGUGGCUUGGAAAGUGCCCACAGAGGCCUAGAAAGCCACAUUCAGCCCCCAGGCCUGAGACUCUCUGGCCAUCCUAGGGCAAACGAUGUGAUAUUUCUCUUUCUCUGUCUCCCUCCCGCAGGUGGCGUCUUGCAACCAGGAGCUGGCGGGGCUGGCGUUGGGGCCAAGCCUGGCAAAAUCCCUGGUAGGUCGAAGGCUGCCCCCUCUAAAAUCCAGGGGCAACUUGGAGAAGAGCCAGAUGUUUUUGUAGCAGACAGGGAAGAAAUCUGUGCAGUCUGGUGUGUGAGCUGGAAUGCAACCGGUCCUUUGAAAUGGUCACUUCUCCGAAUUUUGUGAUGCAGAUCUCCACCCAAAAGUUUUGUAUCCAAAAAUGGUGUAUCCGUUAGGAGAAAAUGGGCACCAAGAUCAAUGUGUUUGUGAAAACAGCAUACAAAAAGUAUAUGGCACAAAUUAUCUUGAUCCAUAACUGUUGCAGUUUGAGGUUGGAAAUUUCCUUAAGCGUUUGAACGAUAGUUAUCUCAGCAUCUUUUAAUCAACUCCUUCAGACCAUUUCUUUUUUUAAAAAAAUAGUAUUUUAUGGUUCUUCCACAUAUAAUAAGCAUAAUUUAAAAUACAAUUACAGUGGUACCUCGGUUUUCGAACGUAAUCCGUUCCGGAAGACUGUUCAACUUCUGAAACGUUCAAAAACCGAGGCGCAAAGGGAUGGCUGCAAGUUCAAUUGAGAAAAUUGAAAAACAUGCAGUGGAAGCUGUUCGACUUUCGAGGCACAUUCGAAAAAGGAAGCAUUUACCGUACUUUCAGGUUUUCAGCGUUUGAAAACUGAAACGUUUGGCUUCCUAGGUACCACUGUACCAGCAGAAAUAGCAGCUAGUCUGUAAUUUAUUUAAGGGAAAGCAUAACAAAGUUGGAACCACCACUUUGAACAAGUUUAUUAAGCAUAUUUAAAUUUAUAGUCUCUCCAGAAGUUUCCAAUGGUCUGGGGAGGUUGUCUUGAUUGACUGCCAUGUCUAAUAUGGGAGAUGAAUGGCUGCUAGGAUAAAGGCCUCGUCUUUCUUUGAGCCACCCUGACCUGGAAGGUCAAUUUCUCAGCAACAGACCACGCCUAAGCAUACCAGGAAUCUAUUGACAGACCUGUUGCUGGUCACCAACAUUUAGCAGCUACUAUAUGAGCAGCAAAAAUGUCAACACCUCCCAGUGAGAUACAUGUUGAUUUGAUUCAUCUAUUAUUCCUAGCAAGGAUAACAAAGGAGUUGGAUUUAUCUUUCUGUUACAAAUUGAUCCUGUUUCUUCAAAGACGGCUAGCCAUUUCUGUAGGCUGCAUGUUGCAGAUGCUCCACUGCCUUGGUUCCAUGGCUGGUGCUCACAGUUUGUGCUCUCUCCUCAACAGGUGUGGGGAUCCCUGGAGUCUUCCCUGGAGGUGUGCUCCCUGGCACAGGUGAGUUCUGUCCCAUUCUGGAGAAGGGCCAUAGCUCAGUGGUAUGGUCUCAACCUUGCAUGCAGAGGGUCCCAGGUUCAGUCCUCAAGGCCAUCUCUAGAUAUGGCUGGGGCUGUCCCCUGCUGGAAACCCUGGAGAGCUGCUGCCAGUCAGUGUAGGCAGUACCAAGUUAGGGGAACCAGAAGUCUGACUCUCAGGGUAAGGCAGCUCCUUCUGUUUCUCUUUAAAUCUGCUCUUCAUCUGGAACCAUGAGGACUGGAAUCUUAGUUCAGCUGCGUUGCAGGCAAAAGGUCUCAGGUUCAGUCCUUUCACAGAAUCAUAGAAUUGUGGCUUUGGAAGGGACCCCCCAGGGUCAUCUAGUCCAACCCCUUGCAAUGCAGGAAUCUCAGCUAAAGCAUCCAUGACAGAUGGCCCUCCAACCUCUGCUUAAAAACCUCCAAUGAAGGAGAGUCCACCACUUCUCAUGGGAGUCCGUUCUGCUGUAGAACAGCUUACUGCCAGAAAGUUCUUCCUGAUCUUUAGCCGGAAUCUCCCUUCUUGUAACUUGAUGCUGUUGGUUUGAGUCCUACCCUCCAGAGCAGGAGAAGCUUGUUGCCUCUUCCAUAUGACAGCCUUUGAGAUAUUAGAAGAUGGCUCUCCUAUCUCCUCUCAGUCUCCUCUUUUCCAGGCUGAACAUAGCCAGCUCCUUCAACCAUUCCUCAUAGGGCUUCAACUCCGUUUAAGGCAGAUAUCUGUGUUCUCCCAUAGGAACUAAACUGUUCAGCACAUGGUGUCAAAAGUCAACACAUUCUUAGCACAUCCCAUCCUGUUUCCAGUUUCCAGUUCAGCUUUUGCGUGCAUUCAAAUAAAGACCCACAUUUGAAGCCCUGCUGUAGUUUUUAAAAGAGUCCAGCAUCUUCUGUUCCUCUUUCAGGGAUCCGUUAUCCUGGUGUAGGAGUCCUGCCUGGCGUUCCCACCGGAACUGGAGUGAAGCCAAAAGUUCCAGGUAAGCCUUCUUACCCCUCCCCAAUGAUGGCUUGUAUCCAUUCCUUGCUCUAGAGAAGGUGGGGCUUAUCACCUUCAGAUGGGCUUUGUUUCUCAAAUUAUUAUGGCAGUUUUCAUAGGUAGGAAGUCUCCUGCAGCCAACUCUCAAGUCGUCCGGUUGCUAGAACAAGCAUAGCCAUUGCGGUGCCUCCAGGUGUCAUUGGACCUCAACUGCCAGCAGAGCCAAAGAUCAGGGCUCAUGGGAGUUGUAGUUUGACAACAUAUGGAGGGCACCAUGUUGAUUACCCUUGCAUUAGAAUUUGAGCUGUUUCACACAUGAUGAAUGCUCACUACUACAGAACUCUGGCUGUCGUGCUUACUUAAGAAUAUCAGAAGACCCUGCUUGGAUCAGGCCAGGCACCCAGGGAUGGUGAUGGGAGUUGUAGUUUGGCAGCAUCUGGAGGGCCAAAGGUCUCUUGCGCUUUGAAAUCCACUCUUUUGGCCAAAACGAGCUUUAAAUAAAAACUAUUAUGUGUGAUCAGAAAAUAAAUGUAUUUAUCAUUCAUUGCAUUUAUAUACCCAACCUUCCGUCCGAGGAACUCAAGGUGGCGCACAUAGUUCUCCUCAUCCUCAUCUUACCCUCACGACAACUCUGUGAGGUAGGCUAGGCUGACAGAGACUGGCCUAAGGUCACCCAGGGAGCUUCAUGGCUGUGUGUGGAUUUGAACCCUGUUCUCUCCCAGGUCCUCGUCCAACAAUAAGCACUAAAUCAGGCUUCCUCAACAUCGGCCCGCCAUAUGUUUUUGGCCUACAGCUCCCAUGAUCCGUAGCUAGCAGGACCAGUGGUCAGGGAUGAUGGGAAUUGUAGUCUCAAAACAUCUGGAGGGCGGAGGUUGAGGAAGCCUGCACUAAAUCUUGCAACACUUCAAGCCUUCUGCCAAUUGCAUUGAAAUGUCUUGAAAUGUAUCAUGCUGUUAGUCCUUUGUGUGCAGGGACAGCCACUGAUCAUUCUCUCUUUUCCUUUCAGGGGCAGGAGGAGGAGCUGUCAACGGGCUCUCUCGUAGGUUAUCAAAACAUACCUAUGCAUGUGCCCCAUUCCCAACAGAGCCGGGAGAGAUAGGCCCACAAUGGUGGAGUAGGGUGGUGAGAAUGGUUGCACUGUGAGAAGCCUCAUUUUCUUUUCCUUUGUUGUUCUAGCCUUCGGAGUCUUUGGAGGGCAGCAGCCUGGGCUCCCACUGGGCUAUCCCAUCAAGGCACCCAAACUCCCUGGUGAGCCCGACACCCAGAACCAAAUUGCUGUUGAAAACCCCACUCUGAGAAGGUCCUCUUUCCACGAUCGAAAGAACGCCAGGCCUAUCUCCCCUCAUCUCUUGUUUUUGGCAAGCGACCCAGGCUCUGAGUUUGAGGCCUGUCUGAGACUGUUGACUCACUGUGUGCGACUCGUGCAGGUUACCGCCCGCCCCGGCCUCAGUUCUGCUUCCGUAAAAUGGGACCAAAACCCACCCUUGGUUGCAGAGCUGUUAGGUGGCGGUUCGGGUUCCUAUAAUAAAGGGCUGUAAUGCUCGUGUCAAAUGUGAAAGGCAAAGGUGAGGAACCUUUUUUCACAUGAGGGACCAUGUUCCCUUCUAAGCAGCCUUCCGGGGGGCUGUAUACCAAUGGUGGGUGGAGACAGAAACAAAAGUGGGUGGAAGAACAAAGGCUAAUUUUAAUUAAUGGAUAAUAGUCAGUUGUUUUUUUUCUGGGGGGACACAGGGGUACGCAUACCCCUAAACAUUUUGUGAAUCUUUGUACUUUUGUCUAUUUAAUAUAUUUAUUUUUCCCUGAUUUGAACUAUAAAAUGGUGAUUUUCUUGAGUCAAAAUGAGCGUAUUCCUAAACAUUUUUUUAGAAAAAAGCACUGAUAAUAGUAGUUCUACCUUUGAACACCAGGCUUGUUUUUACAUUUACACACACACCCACACACACACACCCACACACACCCUUUUCUUUGUCCAGACAAGUAAGAAACAAUAUCAUAAUAAUUUAUUAUUUUAUUUAUACCCUGCCCAUUUAUUUUAUUUAUACCCCAGCCACUCUGGGCGGCUCCCAACAGAUUAAAGGAUUAUCAGGGUUCAAGGGCAGAUCCCAGCUAGGAAAAAUCACUCAAAGAGGGUGCCUAGCAGGGUCGGUGUGGGCUGGAGACAGGGGGUGUGGCCUGAUGAAAGUCUCAGGGGCCAGAUAGUGAGGUUGGGAGAGCCUCUGAGCCUGAGGUUCCCAUCACUGGUGAAAGGCAUCUCGUUUCUGUUGUUAAUUUGUUUAAAUGUAUUCAGAUGGACAGCUUCUAUCUCUAAGGCAGCUAGCCAUGGUUUUUAGCACAAAUGCAAACCAUCCCUUUAACAGAUCAGCCAUUGUGGGGGUGGGUGGGAAUUAAUAAAGAUAUUAAAAACUGGCUCUGCUGAAUUAACUUUCUGCUAAGGGGUUAAGGACUCGGUUUGCAUUUAGAAGGGUCCCACGUUUAACCCCUGAUAUCAUUUCCAGACUGAAGGGAGCUCUAGUAGGCGGGGAACCAAAGGCCAUUCUGUGCUCAAUGAGGCAGUGGCAUGCAGUUCCUUAGGCUCACAUUAUGAUUUUUUUUCUUUUCCAGGUAGCUAUUAUGGCCUCCCAUACGGCGCCGGGAAGGGGCCUUAUGGCGGUGAGUUCUCUUGGUCUCAAGUGCCUAGCUUGUGGCCUGGGGGAGGUGUAUAGAGGCUGAGGGAAACGGGUGCAUUUUGGGGGAUGAAAGUACAUGGAUCUGUGUUUGGGAUGGGCUUCUCCAAGAUUUGGCUCUGGGUACCACAAAUGAGGCUGGCUGUACCUCAGUGCUACAGAUUUCAACUAGUCAGUUUGAAACCUGUUUCACUCUCGCAGCUUUUGCGUGAGGACUGCGUUUUUUGAGGGGGGAUUUUGAACCCCCUUCGGAAACUCCAUCAGUUGCCAUUCAAAACUACAAUCCCUUGAUUGAGAAGCAGAGCUGAUGCUGGCACCAAUAUCUCAGUGUAGAUGUCUAGUUCUUUGCAUCAAUAAGAAGGAGGAGGGGACUGUACCACAUCACUCUGAAGCAGUCUGGGGAUGGGCAAAAGCCGAACAAAAGGCCUCUGAUUCUUGGAACCCCCAUCGCCAACACCCGGGCAAUUUCCUCUGGGCUUUGCAUUGGGCGGUUCUUCUCCCCUGAAGACUUGACUUCUCUUUGUGGUUCUAGGUGUUGGGCCAGGCGGCGUGUACGGUGGUGCCGGAGGGAAGGCCGGUUACCCAACAGGGACAGGUAAGCUGGUUGCGCUAGCACACAACACCCCACAACUCUGGGGAUGACCCCCAGAGUCUUGGACCCCUUGCUGACACCUCUGUUGCUCUGCACAGUGUAAUAAACGAAAAUCUGUCCUUAUUCCCUUAUGGGGGACACAAGAGCCCUUAUAGAGUCCUUUGUAGGUUCUCCAUCAGUCAGAGGGAAAAACAGAGGCCAACCAGAGAAUAUUGAGAAGCACAGCAGCUUGUAAGCACAGCAGAUUCAAUCUUUAUUGAACUGUUGCAACAGGGUGCCCCCUUCACAUGCAGGGGAAGGAGGAUGGCCCCGAACCAAGGUGUGUCUGCCCUUAUAUAAGGUAAAGGUACCCCUGCCCGUAUGGGCCAGUCUUGCAAGACUCUAGGGUUGUGCGCUCAUCUCACUCUAUAGGCCGGGAGCCAGCGCUGUCCGCAGACACUUCCAGGUCACGCGGCCAGCGUGACAAGCUGCAUCUGGCGAGCCAGCGCAGCACACGGAACGCCGUUUACCUUCCCGCUGGUAAGCGGUCCCUAUUUAUCUACUUGCACCCGGAGGUGCUUUCGAACUGCUAGGUUGGCAGGCGCUGGGACCGAACGACGGGAGCGCACCCCACCGCGGGGAUUUGAACCGCCGAUCGACCUUGCGAUCGGCAAGUCCUAGGCACUGAGGUUUUACCCACAGCGCCACCUGCGUCCCUUCUGCCCUUAUAUAGACAUUUUAAAUUGCCCACCUUGGAGUCAAAGACCAUCCCCAGAAACAUCAUACCUACAUCACAGAAAGGGCGGGCUAAAGCAGAAAUCUGAGAGGGUUGUUUACCUCAUAAUCUGAGUGGGUUGUUUAACUCCUGUCUGGCAAGUAACCUGUUAAUGUUUACUGGAUUGAUACCCUGGGGAGCCUGGCCAGUCUUUUGUAAUGAUAAGUACUUAGUUCCUGAGCCAAGUCACAGGCUCACCCUGUUCAUACACAGAUAUACCCUUGGGACAGGAUUUGUGAAGGAAAAGGCAAUGGGGAGGCUCCUCCAUUUGACCUUGCAGAGAAAACACCUGGUCAGCCUGGGAGUCAAAAUGGCUCCAUGGCUGCUCUCCUGUGCAGCUUCAGACAUGUGGCCUAUAUAUCUAUGUACAUGUUUGCUUGGUGCAUUUAUGAACCUUUAAUAUAUACAUAAGACCUUAAUUUAUUUAUUUCAGCAGACAGAAAUCAACACAUGCUUAGCCAACCUGGUGCCUCCAGAUGUCGUUGAACUACAACUCCCAGCAGCCCCAGCCAGCCUAGCCAGCCUAGCUGGGGCUGAUGGGAGUUGGAGUCCAAAAUGGCCCUGCUGGCUGAGGCUGAUGGAGUCAAACAACUUCCCCAGGUUGCCAAAAAGCUUGGCUCCAGUAUGUUACUUGGUUUGGAUCCUAGAUUUCUGAAGCCAGUAAGUUGGGAGGGAUAUCUGUGCUUUGUGUCCUGAAGAUUCUAGCAACGUGGCCACAUCGCUGAAGCUCUUUUUGUUCUUUUUGCAGGUGUGGGAGCUCAGGUAGCCGCUGCAAAAGCAGCUGCCAAAUAUGGUGAGUGACACCAUGCUGGAAGAGCCCAUAUGUAGCCAUGCUCUGAAGCCCAGGCUCUGGCUGGCCCUCAUUCACUCCUCUUUCUUUCUUUCUUUCUUUCUUUCUUUCUUUCUUUCGCCAAAGGUGCUGGAGCUGUGCCUGGGGCAGUCGGAGUCCCUGGCGCUGGGGCCCUUGGAGGAGGCUUGGUGCCCGGUGCUGGUGUCCCAGGAGCACUAGGUAAAUGACCUUGGAUGGGUAAUAGGCAAACAGUUUUGUAGAGUUAAUAGUCAAUGCCUUUGGAGGGGUGAUAGAGAAGCAUCUUUUAAUGGGCAAUAGUAAACACCUUUAAAGGGGCAAUAGUAAACACAUUGGUAUGUAUGUAUGUGGGUUUGAUUUUUUCUUUCUUUUAGGUUCUUUAAAUUUUGACAAAGUAACAAUCAUAAAUAAAAAAGAAUAAGAAUGUGCACCCCACCACCGAGACCAUUCCAUUGUAACUAUCCAACCUCCUGAAAUUUCAACACCUCUUACAGCGGUUUGGCCCCUUUCUGUAUUAACAGUACAAAUACCCUGCAUAUCUCCUCAAAACCAUUUCUCCUGCAUAUUCCCCAUCUUACUUUAAUGGCACAUGUUAAUUUAUCAUUAAUAGCUAUGUCCCACACCUCUUUAUAGCAUUCUUCCAUUUAUAUUCUGCUUGCCCCUUCCACUUCCAAGCUAUCAUAAUGCGUGCAGCUGUCAAUAAAUUUGUGAGCAAGUCCUUCACAGCCUGCGAGGCUUCUUUUCUUUGUUUUUGUAAGUCACCUUGAGUUGCCCCAGCAAGAAAAAGCAACUAAUAAAUUAAAUUAUUAUUAUUAAUAAUAAUAAAAAAUAAAUAAAUAAAUAAAUAAAUAAAUAAAACGGAUAAUGAUGAAUGCGCUAGGUGAGUGCCUUUGCUGUCGUUGUGGCCAAAAGAUUCUGCAGUUGUGCUCUUCAAAAACAAGCCCAUCCAGGUUAGCCAGGCAAAAGGAAUGGCUCUCAGUUUCUCUCACCCUUUUUCACUGCAGGUGCAGGACCAGCGGCGGCGGCGGCGGCAGCAGCCAAAGCAGCAGCCAAAGCAGCAGCUUACGGUGAGCUGUUUACCCAAUUGAUCGAUAAAACAGCCCAGAAAUCACAGGAUUUCUGCAGCGCUUAGAACAAACAGAAGCCGUAAGGGGAGAAACGCAAGUUCUGUCAAUAGGUACAGUAGAGCUUACCGAGAAUGCCUGCUGAAAUCAAAAGGUCUUUGCCAAGUGCCUGAAAUUCAACAGGGAGGAGGAGGCGGCUUGCCUGAUAUAAGCUCCACACAGUCAAUUCCACAAUCCUGAGGCUGAUAUGGAGAAUGUGGCUCUCUAUGAAAGUUGUUCUUCUCUCCUAGCACUAGAACUCACAGGCACCCAUGUGGGCAGAUUCAAGACAGAGAAAAGAAAGUCCUUCUUCACGCAGCACAGAGUUAAACUAUGGAACUCACUUCCGCAGGAGGCAGUGAUGGCCAAACUGAAUGGCUUUUUGAAAAGAUUGGACAGAUUCGUGGAGGAGAGAGAUAUCAGUGGUUACUAGCCAGGGUGGCUCUCUCCAACGUAAGAGGCAAUAUGCCUCUGAAUAAUGCCAGAGGUUGGGAGUCACAACUGGGGAGAGUUGCUGUGGCACUCAAGUCCCGCUUAUGGGCUUCCAUCUGGGGCAUCUGGUGGGCCACUGUGACAGCAUCAUGUUGGGCUAUGUUGAGCCACUGAGCAGUCCAACAGGCUCUUCUUAUGAGCCAGGCAUCUGAGCCAAGGGGGACCACUAACAGAGAACCCCUUUCCCCAAGAUCUCAAUGGCUGGGCAAGGAUAUAUGGAAUCAGGUGGUCCUUAAAGUAUCCAAAUUGUUGAGGACCUUUUAAUUUAAUCCGGACUCUUUGAACUCGGCCUGGUAGCAUAUUAGUGGCCAGUGCAAAAUUGAUAGGGGAAGGGGUCCAGUUGCCAUCUCACCCACUGUACUCUUUAUCUGCUUUUGUGAACUAACAGCAGGAAACUCUCCUUCCUUAGAGGCCUUGGAACAGAGAGUGAAUGGCCACCUGUCAGGGAAUCAUUAGCUGUGAUUUCUGCACUGCAGGGGGGGUGGACUAGAUGACCCUCAGAGUUCCUUCCAUCUCUUUCUAUUCUAUGAAGCAUACAUCUGAAGAAAAGCAAGUGGGGGUGGGGUGGAAUGAAGGUAAUGGGGCCCUUUAUAUGUCCAGCUGCCCAGUGUCAACAACAAACUGUCGCUGUCUUUUGUGUUGAAUAUAUGCUAUAUGAUAAUUUAUGGACCUAAAGCCAUUUGCACAUAACAAAAGAUGUACUUUUAUCAUAAAAUACAUAUUUUAUGCAGGCACCCUAUAUAUAAAAAUGAGCAAACCAGUGAUAUUUUAGGCAGCAGGCUAGCAGGCGGUGCCCAGUACUUACAUCAUAGGAGCCCACACAACACAAAACACUGCUGCUGUAUGUAGGUUUUAUUUUAUUGGUUUUUUAGCUUAUAUUUUGGAAAUGUAUAUCCAGUUUUUUCCCUUUAAAUUUUUUUGGGGGACCCCAAGAGAGUGGGGCCCUAAGCUAUAGCUUGUUUAGCUUAUACGUAAAUCUGGCACUGAUUUCAAUGCUCCCCACGCUUUGCUCCAGAUUGCAUCUCUUUCCUCCUGCUCUUUAAGAGGCCUGCAAAAGAUGUGGAUCCCCAAACUCAGAUUUUCCAGCUGCGUCCUCGUGUUUUCUAAAGGAAAUUUCAUUCCUGUCACCCACCAACGCCCUCUUGCAUUUGGAUUCGUGAAUCCGGUUUGGAUUUGGGGCGGGCGAGAAAUCUUGCCCCAAUUGCACAGAAGCAAGGAUAAGUGCACUAUCAAGAAUGGAUCCAUGCCAGUGCUUCUUGAGUGCUGAGAAUAAGAUCUGAUUUGGGGGUGGGGUGGAUCUUCUGGACAGACUCCAGCUCCAAAGGUGUGAGCUCAGCCAGGCUGGAGCACCAACAAACACACACACACACACACACACUUUCUUGGAGUCCUUAGUAACUCUUCCCCCUGCCUCAAGCAUUGCACACCCAGCCGCACCUGAUCUGCUCCGGAGAGCGAUAGCAGCCUGGCCUGGCCUGGCCUGGUUUUCCUGGGAUUGUCCCAGAACACCAUCUGGUUUUGAUUGGAAGCAGGCGGCCAGCGGGGAGCUGUGCAAUUUUGGGAUUGAAGAAAAGCCACAGUCGAAUCAGGUUUCGCUGGAGUGUGUCUGCAAGGAAGAGAGGGAGAGAGAGAAUGUGCUCCUUUUCCAGUUUUUGCUGCGCUUAGUAACCUUCCGCCCUGUGAUUGGUUAGGAGCGAGGGUGCCAGAGCUUCAUGGAUCAUCUCUAUCCACACCACAUUGGAGCUUAUUGUGGGGGAGGGAACUUCCAGCGUUGAAGUUGGGGCACUUUAGAUGCUGGAGUAACUCGUCUCCACAGCAAGACCACAGACCAAAAUCCGGUGUUCAUUUCUAGUCACUUCACCUCAAGAAGAAUAGUGUAGAGUUGGAAAAGGUUGAGGAAAGGGCAACUGGGGAUGGAGCGAAUCUCCUAUGAAGGACGGUUUCAGCGCUUGGGACUUUUAAGUUGAGUAAGAGGCGAUAUGAUAGAGGUUUCUAAAAUCAUGCAAUGCGUGGAGAGAGUGGGCAGAGAAGUUUCCCUUUCUCAUAAUAACACUAGAACGACAAUGAAUCUGAAUGUCGGAAGAUUCGGGACAAGAUUAAGGCAGUCCUUCACGCAAUGCAAAAUGAACCUGUGGAACUCCCUCCCACAGGAGGCAGCGGUGGCCACCAACCUGGAGGGCUUGUAAAGAGGAUUGGACCAAUUCAUGGAGGGGGAGAGGGCUAUUGAUGGCUGCUAGCCAGGAUGCCUCUGCUCUGCCUCCAUAGCAAGAGGCAGCAAUGCUCCUGAAUUCCGGUUGCUGGAAACAUAGGAGGAGAGAGGGCUCUUGUGCUCAAAUCCUGCUUGCAGGUCUCCCAUAAUGAGCAUCAGGUUGGCCACUGUGAGAACAGGAUGCUGGACUGGAUGGGCCCUUGGCUUGAUCCAGCUGUGCACUUAUUAUGUUCUUGUGCUAUGUUUAGCCCUGCAUUUGCAAGGCAUCGUCCUUUUAUUAAGGGGCUUUGGCAGAGAGCAACUUAUGACAGCCCUGAAAUUGCAGCUACUCCCUUUUUGUUUUUAGCCCAGAGGUGGGUGGUGGUGGUUUGGAUUCCCAGCCACCCCCUCCCCCUGUGAAGCACCCCUUGAGGCUGAAACAGAGGCUGGUUCAGCCUGAGUCUAACUCUCAACUUCAUUCUGAAGCCUUGCACUCCAUUGACCUGGGUGCAGAAAUGUGGUGGAUUUAAAUAUGUUAAAACUGAUGCAUAUGUAAAUAUGUUUUUGCUCACAAGUCCAGAGUUAGAAAGUGCAUGCACUGUUUAUGCUGUAAUCUUUUUUUUGCAAAGGUGGAUUGCGGGAGAGAUAGGCUACAGUGAAAUUUUAGAUUACUCCAUUGAUUCCUUAUGGGUACCUACAUUCCCGAAGGAGCUGGAGAUGGGAGGGUCUGCUGAAACCAGAAGUUCAGGCUGCAUGAUGUUCCACAUGCUUUUAGCUCUAUGGCCCAAGCAGAGUUGGGAGGUGGAUCCCACAGAAGAGGGAAGCUGCCCUCUAGUGGAUCAGUCUGGCUACAACACACAUGUGAUUCUACGGGGUGUUGAACUGCAGAUUGCAGAUGGGGGGUCUUCAGUUUAAGACCAGAUUAACCCUUCACUUUCCAUAUAGCCAGAAAUGUUGAUGUGGUGGUAGGAAUCAUAAUUCAUUGUGGAGCAGCAAAAAGCCCCUCAUGUCACGUAUAGAUAAUCCUAUGAAAGGGAAUCCAGUGAUCUUGCCCAUUGGGCUGCUUUGGCUAUUUAAAAUGUUGGGGUUUAAACUAAAAUACUUCACUGAUGUACUCUUUCAUGGCAGUUCUUCCGAGAGCCAGCACUUUAAGCCUCAGUGGGAUUUGCAUCUGGGGAGGCAUGUGAAGGUUUGCUGUAUAUCUUAGACACACACCCUUCGAAUUAAGUCCCACUGAACUGCCUUCUGCGUGAAUGUUGGGUGUGACUUGCAGGAGAGAGGUCUUGCAUGGGUUAAAACAGAUAGGGACCUCCACACCCCCAAACUAUCACUGUAUGUUUAACCCAGUGGCAUACCCUCCAACAUUUCUCAGAUGAAAAUAGGGACAUUCUAUUCUACAUCAAGAGGCUUCUCCCAUGUUUGAUCUCCCGCACUCAUAUAUUUCACAUAUACCUAUACAUCAGUCACCUUGAGAAAAUUGCAACCUUUAAGCUUAGCCUACCUCACAAGAUUGUUGUAAAGAAAAAAUGUGUGAGGGAAGGGGUCAUGUACAGCCGCUUCAACAGAUCAAUGGAAUGGAAUCGUAGCUGUAAGCUGCUUAGGUGUGAAGGGGAGGAAAAUGGAAAAGAAGGACAUUCCAUGAUCAAAUCAGAAAGUGGGAUGGCUUCUGUCAUUCUGGGACUGUCCCGGGAAAAUCGGGACACUUGCCGGGUAUGCAGUGGAUCCCAAACUUUUUUGGGGCUUGCCUCUUUGGUUCCAUAAACUCAUCUCCAGUGCUCUCUAUUCUAUAAAAAACACAUGAUUCAGAACAGUGGUUUGCAUGAGCCCCUAAGAAAUAUAAUAAAACAAUGAAAGAGUCACAUUUAAUCAUGCCUUUAUUCAAAAUCCAAUUGAAAGUUAUUUAGUUUAAUUAAUUCAACAAAAUGGAUUAAUUUUAUCCAGGAUGAGACUCCCCAACACCAUUCCAGAAGCCAGCUGUGUUUCUGGCAAUUUUUUACUCUCCUCUCCUCUCUCUUUCCCCAGGUGGCCGAGUUCCAGGGACGGGCAUCGGUGGCGCUGGUGUCCCAGGGGUUGGGCCAGGUGGCAUAGUUCCUGGCGCCACACCUGGUGUUAUUGGAGUCGGCCCAGGAGGAACUGGGGUAGGAGGUAUGUGUCACAGAGUGGGGGGGGGGACAGAUGAGAAAGGUGAAGCCAAAUCAGAGGGAUUUGAUCCUGUUUGCACAUUCGUAAUCUGCUUUUCAUGACUUACGAAACACAGACCCCCAUCCUUUAAAAUUUGCAUUCCUCUGGCGUUUGCAGUGCAUUUCUUCAGCCGAGUUACGUGUACAAAAAUGCACGUACCGGAAUAACUGUGCAGAUAAAUCAUGAUUCUUAAUUCAUUUCCUGCUCUUCACCAUAAGGUCCCAGGGCAGGUUACAGCAUUAAAGCACAAUGUCAGAAGCGAUUUUAAACAAUUACAAGUGUACCUGCUUUACCUCCUAUUUCUGAGACCUAUCUUCCUGUUUUCUCUUUGGCAGGAGUGAGUCCCGCUGCAGCAGCAAAAGCAGCAAAGUAUGGUAAGAUCCUGAGUUGCUGAGUCACAGUUUUUGGUGGGGUUUGAGAUGGUGGGCAUGGAGAGAUCCUGCCUCAAGUGGACUCCAUAGCACUGGGCACACCAUGCAACCCCCUUAACAUCCUUGUGCCCAUUUCGAGUUUCAUGUCUCAGAGGUGAAGAAUAGGUGGGGGAUCCACUUGGGUCACCAGUGAAAUACCACUACUCAUCAUUUUUUCACUUACCCAGCAAUGGGGAGGGGAGCCCGCCUUCCAGCAAAGAUCUUCCACUGCAGCCAGCCCAAAACAGAUCCAAAUAAUCGGUGUCGUCCAAAACCACCUGGAAUAAUAGAAUUGUAGAUUUGGAAGGGACUCUCAGGGUCAUCUUAGUCCAGCCCCCUGCAAGAGUUAAGGAGUGGAGACAUCGCCACUCACUCUUGCCCCAGAAUGGCAAAUUCAGUCCCUGGCAGGACUUAACCCAAAUCAGCUAGAUCCAGGCCAGGUAUCUUCUGAAGAGGCCAAACGAUGACCUCCUUUAAGGGAGCUGGAUGGUCCCUCAAAGAGGCAGUAGCCACCUCCAGGGUCUAGAUUGUGGGUCUUUGGCUGCUUUUAAUGGUGGGGAUCUGAUGAGCUGGUUGGAACUGGCCUGGCUCUCAGAUUCAUUUCUUCUGUCUCAGGUCUUAUUCCUGGUGCUGGCGUUGGUGGAGUUCCUGGUGCUGGAGUUGGUGGAGUUCCUGGUGCUGGAGUUGGUGGAGUUCCUGGUGCUGGCGUCGGUGGAGUUCCCGGUGCUGGAGUUGCUGUUCCAGGUGCGUUUACAUGAGAAGGUAACAACAUGGGACCAGUUUACCUGCAAGAUCACUUUCAUUUGCAGAACUGGUACUGCUGCAAGUGCCACAUAAUGCCCUUUACGUGUUUGCAAGAAAAUUCAUUUUUAGCAUGGCAGCACCUACACUUGGGAACUCCCUGCCUUUUGACAUAAGGCAAGCGCCUUAACUGCACUCUUUUCAGGGCCUGCUAAAAACAUCUUUUGUUCAAGCACACCUGUGCAGACAUGUAGAAAUCUGCUGUGUCUUUUAAUACUUUUUUUAGCAUAUUGUAGAUGUUAUUUUUUGAAUUUUUAAAAGAGUUGUAGGGGGUGUUGGUAAGAUUUUUUACAAAUUUCAUUUUUUGUAAUGUAUAUAAAACAGAACAAUUAUAUUGACAGAUGAAAAUUGAAAGGAGAAACUACAAGACAGAUAUACAGAAUGAGUACAGUUGCACAUGGGUUGGGAAAGAAAGCUAGUCACAAAUAAAAAAUAUCAGCGUUAUCUGAUAGCAUAGUUCCAGAUUUCUGACAUGGGCUGCCUUGAAAAUGAUGGUUUCCCUGUAUAUAUAAUAAAGGAAUGGCAAAACAUAUUAAAAGCACCUGGGCGUGCUAGCCCCUGUGGAAAUCUACAAUAUGCUUAAUUUCCCCCAUUAUAGCUAUAUUCCAGAGUGAGUGGUACCAAGCGUCCAGUAUAAGAUUUUGGGUCCCUCCCCAUUGUGAUUCCUAUUUGAGCUGCCAAGGUCAUAAGUAAGACCAAUUCUUUUGGCAAUAUAUCUACAUUGGUAUCAUCAGAAAUAUUCAUCAACUUAAAGAGUUGUUUUUACCAAUAAUUCUGUUGUUUGACUCGCUUUGUAAAUCACUUUAGGGUUUUGUUUUUAAAACCAAGUAGUGCAUAAAUGAAAUAAACAAGAUAGCUCCAGGAGUGCAUGGGUGCCAUGGCUGGCUAGCCCCUUGACUCAUUUUUGUCUCUGCCAACAGGAGCUGGAGUGUCUGCAGCAGCGGCAGCGAAGGCAGCGGCAAAGGCAGCCGCCUACGGUAAGCUGAGCAUCCUCCUCCUGUUCCAACAGCAUUGAGGCUGCUGGAUAAAUCAGGGCAGGCCAACCCAAGGCAGGAAGGAAUGGAAAGAUCUCUUUAGGGAAACAGAACAUGAGCUCGACUGUUUAAGAAAAUCAGGCGAUUAUAAAGCAGCACUCCAAACAGACCACCUGAUGCCACUUAAUAUAUUACGGAAAACCCAUAAAGUCUAGAGCAGUCAUAGGAAAACAGGACCAGUGGUCAGGGAUGAUGGGAGUUGUAGUCCUAAAACAUCUGAAGGGCUGAGUUUGCCUAUGCCGGUCUAGAGCAGGAGCAAGGAAGUUUUUUUCAGCCCGUCUGUUUCAGAAAACUUUCGGAGGGGGGUGUGCGUAUGCCAGAGGUAGGCCGGGCCAGAGGCAAAGGUUUCAAUCUGAAAGUUUUAGUCCUUUUUUGUGGUGGGUUAAACCACAGAGCUUAGGACUUGCCAAUCAGAAGGUCAGCGGUUCGAAUCCCCGUGACGGGGUGAGCUCCCGUUGCUCGGUCUCUGCUCCUGCCAACCUAGCAGUUCGAAAGCAUGUCAAAGUGCAAGUAGAUAAAUAGGUACCGCUCCGGCAGGAAGGUAAACGGCGUUUCUGUGUGCUGCUCUCGUUCGCCAGAAGCGGCUUAGUCAUGCUGGCCACAUGACCCGGAAACUGUACACCGGCUCCCUCGGCCAAUAAAGCAAGAUGAGCGCCGCAACCCCAGAGUCGGUCAUGACUAGACCUAAUGGUCAGGGGUCCCUUUACCUUUAUUAUUAUUUUAACUUUUUGAAACCCUUAAUUUCCUUAGAGAUAAUUUUACUGUUUUUCCUUUUUUGUAAGCCGCUCUGAUGGUUGGCUUUUGGCUUUUGUUUUUUACAAUCAAGCAGUGUAUAAAUCUUUACAAUCUUUACAAUCAAGCAGUAUAUAAAGGGCAACACAUGUAGAUUUUUGCUAGUUUCUACACACUCUCACACAGCCCUCUCUGUCCUCCAUGUGGGAGGGCAAACAUGCAUUGCCAGGGACCCAGCCAGGCAAAAAGCUCUUGAGGAGGGUAUGAAGGCCCCACUAACCAUGCCAGGCUAGACAAAGCCAGGAGCAGCAGGUCUCAAAGGAUUCACAGAAUUGUAGAAUUGCAAGUGACCCACAGGGGCCACCUAGUCCAAUUCCCUGCAACGCAGGAAUCACAGCUCAAGAAUCCCUGAUAGGGAGCCAUCCAACCUCUGCUUAAAAACCUCUCCAGUGCUUCAGAGUCCACCACCUUCCAAGGGAGUCCGUUCCACUGUCAAACAGCUCUAACCCUCAGAAAGUUUUUCCUAAUGUUGAGUCAGAAUCUCCUUUCUUAUCAUUUGAAUCCACGGUUCAGGACCUCCCCUCUGGAGCAGCCGAAAACAAGUUGGCCCCAUCUCCCGGGGGCGGCACUUCAGGUAUUUGAAGGUUCGCGGCAAAUGGCUAAUCUGACCUCUUGUUUGUCAUUUCCUGCAGGGACUGGUGUGGUGCCUGGCUAUGGCGCCAUUGGUGGUGUGGCACCUGGUGGAGUCGUACCUGGAGUCGCACCUGGUGGAGUCGCACCUGGUGGGUUAGGUAGGUUCCCCCCUCUGUGGGAAGUCAAUGCCUUCUCAAGGCAACAGAGUGGCUCGUCCCGAAGCCUUGGUCUUUGCAAUAACAUGGAGGCUGCUUCUGCUCUGUGGAACGGCAUCAAGAUGGGACAGACACCCGCUCUCUGAAUUUCCUGAAGACAAUGGGAGAUGUGAGGCAGUUGUGUGUUGGGGGGGGGGGGGAAGGUUCCUGGCAGGCUUUCACAGUGGGAUGAAAAGGGUCUCUACUGUGAGUGCGUACCACCCACUGCUCAAAAGCAUCCAGGGUCCUGGAAGGACGGGAGGAGAAUGGUAGAUGGGCUGGGCUGGGGAAGAGCUUUGGCUAGUGGCCACGGUGGUCAACCACUGCCAUCAGACCUGGUGCGGGUGGUCCUGCUGACACCUCUCUCUUUCUCUUUCUCUCUCUCUCAAUUCUCAGUGCCAGGAAGCCCCGUGGCCGCUCAAGCAGCAGCAAAAGCAGCCGCCAAAGCAGCCAAAUAUGGUAAGGAGGGCCACUGUGGUGUAUAGUGGUGAGAGUGUCUGACUGGGACCUGGGAGACAAGGGUUCAAAUCCCUGUUGGUGGUGGAAGCUCACUGGGUGACCUUGGGCCAGCCACAAUCUCUCAGCCUGAUCUGCCUCACUGGGUUGUUUGUGGGGAUUAAAUGAGAAGGGAAAGAACCAUGAAUGCCACUUUGAACUCCUUGCAGGAAAGGUGAGAUAUUAAUGUAGAAAAUAAAUAAAUAUCAAGACUUCCAACCAGCACAGGAAAUAAGGAUGGCAAAGGAGAUGCGGAUCAGUUUUUCUUUAGCCUUGCAAAUAGCAGCUUGUGCACAAGCGUAAAUUUCCAUGACGCUCUUGGAUUCCUGUUGUAAAAAAUAUUGACACUCUGGAGACACAGACAGAGAUGCUUGUGGAGGCUGGUCUAUUAGGACGAAGAAGGUGCUGCCCCACUGCCCUCAGCCAGCCCCCACCCUGCCUGCCUUCUUCAAUUACAACCACUCCAUCGGGUGGCUCUGCCUAUCAGCUUUCUCCUCCUCCUCCUCCUCCUCCUCCUCCUCCUCCUCCUCCAUUGUAGGGAGGAGGAGGAGGAGAAAACCAGGCAUUGGCUCCACCCGUCAUUGGCUCUAGCGCCACCUACUGGUAGGCUCCCUGCCUUCUGCCCUACCAGUCCUGAUGGACACCAUUGGGGCAGGCCCUUCCCCCUUUUGAUGAUGUAGCCUCAUUCCAAGAAGACACAGAAAACAUCAGUGGGAAUGCAACUGGCGUUAGGAAGUGAGCAGGCUGAGCAGGGAACCUGCAAUACCCUCUCCUAGUUUUGAUCUAAAUGUUUUCAUCUGAGGACUUUGGCUCCACCCAGGUGCUGUUCUCAGGGUGUGGUGGGGCUCAGGACCAUUUUCCAAAAGUGUGCCUUGCCCCAACAGGAGCAGGAAGAGGCGUUGGCGGUGUCGGUGGCGUUGGCGGUGUCGGUGGCGUUGGUGGUGUCGGUGGCGUUGGCGGCGUUGGUGGAGUCGGCGGCGUUGGUGGUGUUGGCGUUGGUGGCGGUAAGCAGCCAUUAAGUGCCAACAACUUAGAAUUUUAUCUUGUUUUAUUUGGGGCAUGGAGAUUUCCAGGUGGCUCCAUGCAGGGCAGAAGCUUCACAACACAAAAUGAACGUGAGCCAACCCAGAGAGAUGCUCAUGGGAAGCCAAAAUAAUGAUGAGGGUUUUUUAAAUGAAAACAAAUUUCUUUCCUCGGCAGCAGCAGCAGCAGCCCCAGUUUAGAUGGCUGCACACAGCUGCUGCUUUUAACUUCUUAAAGCAAUGCAUACUAGCUGACUGCACUUUCAAGUUGUGUCAGGGACUGGGUGGAUGAGGCAGAGUGGUGGAAGCCACUUGCCCAAGAGCGCCCAAGGAAGGCACAGAAGAAGAUGAGUUAGAUUCUGGGUCCUGGUGGCAGGAUACUGGCCGCAACUCAGAGGAGGGGACAAGCUGGGAGAUAUUAGAAGCAGGAAGCUUGAGGUAUCAUGAAGAGGUAGAAGCAGGCUGGUGGCCCAGCACAGGGCAGGGGGAUGAGGUUCCCAGUUUGGAUGAAGGCUACGACAGAGGAGAGCCAGACCCUAUAUCUCUCCCACAGCUCCAUCAUUACAACCUCUCUGCUGAUGGCUCUCUGGCCCCACUUACUCCUAGAACGUGAAGGAUGUUACGUAUUGCUGAGCAGCAGGCUAGGCAGGCACAGAGAGAGACUCCUGGGGCUUGCUGUAGCAGAAGAUUGCAAGGGAGGAGCCCUGACUUGGAGGGCUAGAUAGUGAUGGAGGGACUGCACACCAGUUCAAGCAACUUCUUCAUAGGGGGGGGGGCGGUUUGCCUUUAUGAGCCUCCUUGUAUUUUUCCCCCCUUUCCUUAAUAAUGAAAGUAACUGCACGUUAGCCUCAUAUCUCCCCCUCUGACCUGUGAAUCACCAGAUCUUUCUGUCAGCCCCCUGACAAAUUGCUGGAAACCACAGGAGGGGAGAGGGCUCUUGCGCUCAGAUCCCGCUGGAGGGCUUCCCAUGGGGGCAUCUGACUGGCCACUGUGGGAACAGGAAGCUGGGCUAGGGUCAUCUUAGUUCUUAUGUUGUGGUGUCCCAGUGGGUUUGGCCCUAAUCCUGACUCCUUCUGUUCUUCCGCUAGUUCCUGGGGGAGCAGCGGCAGCUAAAGCAGCAGCAAAGGCAGCUAAAUAUGGUGAGUCCCCAUUGCGUCCAUCCUGAUCUCAUAUCCCCUGCCUAAUCCAGUUCUUCCCUGCCCCUCUGCGCAUCCUGGCCCACUGCCCCAUAGUGCCAGCCAGUGAGCUUUUUCCCAGAUGCAAAAAGAUGAGAUCAUCUCUGAAGCAUCCCACAUUGCCACGAUUCAGAUUGUAAACUUUCUGGGGCAUGAGGCCUUAGUUGUGUGCUCACCGUUCAUUUAAAACACCUUCAGAACACAUUCCCACCUGGAGAAUCCUGAGAACUGUAGUUUGCCCCUCACAGAACUACAGUUCCUCACACCCUUAACAAAGCACAGUUCCUAGGUUUCUUGAACUGGCCCAGUCAUAAUGGAGCAGAGAAUCAUAGGAUUAUAAAGUUGGGAGGGGACUCCAAAGGCAUUUGGUCCACCCCCCCCUCCCCGCAGUGCAGAAUUCACAGCUAAAUGGGUGGUGGUGGUGGAAUUUGGUCAAAUUUUGCCCCUAAUUCCAACCUCUUUGUAGGUCGUGGGGCAGGUGUCUUUCCUGGCGGUGGAACAGGCGUCUUGCCAGGGGGUGGAACAGGCGUCUUGCCAGGGGGAGGCGUUGUGCCAGGUGUUCCUGGAGCAGGUAAGGGACCCCUCAGCUACUCCUCAUCCUCAGAUCUCAGGGAAUUGGCACUGGACAAGAUUCCCAGUCCAGUUUUGCUGUGCACCAGAAGAGAUCCCUGGGCAUUGGGGCUCUGACACAGAUUGCUUCUCCUUAUCUCACAGGAAUCCCCCAAACUGGAGUGCAACCAGGGGCCAAGCCACCUAAAUAUGGUACGUAUGAGUCCCUGUCAAGGAAAUGGCCAAGACAUAAGGAAUAAUAAUCAUAAUGAUAGUACUGGGAGUUCUGCCUAUCCACUCACCUGCCCACACCUCACCCAAAAAACAAAAAACGAAACAGUCACAGGAGAUCUAGCUAUCUAUUGAUAAAAGGAAGUCCAUCUUCAUGCAGCACAGAGUUAAACUGUGGAACUCCUCACCACCACAAGAGGCAGUGAUGGCCACCAAACCAGAGGGCUUUAGAAGAGGAAUGGGUCAAUCCAUGGAGGAGGAGAGGGCUAUGGAUGGGUACAAGUCACGAUGGCCAUUCUCUGCCUCCACAGUUAGAGGCAGCAAAGCUUCUGGAUACAGUGGUGCCUCGCAAGACGAAAAGAAUCCAUUCCGCGAGUCUCUUCGUCUUGCGGUUUUUUCGUCUUGCGAAGCAAGCCCAUUAGCAGUUUAGCGGAUUAGCGCUAUUAGCGGCUUAGCGGAUCAGCUGAUAAGCGGUUUAGCGGCUUAGCGGAUCAGCUGAUAAGCGGCUUAGUGGCUUAACGGAUCAGCUGUUAAGCGGCUUAGCGGAUCAGCUGAUAAGCGGCUUAGUGGCUUAACGGAUCAGCUGUUAAGCGGCUUAGCGGAUCAGCUGAUAAGCGGCUUAGCGGCUUGGGAAAAAGGGGGGGGUAUACCCCGCAGGAACUCGCAAGACAUUUUCGUCUUGCGAAGCAAGCCCAUAGGAAAUUCGUUUUGCGAAGCACCUCCAAAACGGAAAACCCUUUCGUCUAGCGGGUUUUCCGUCUUGCGAGGCAUUCGUCUUGCGGGGCACCACUGUACCAGUUACUGGAAGUCUUUGUGGGGAGCAGGGGAGAGAGGGCUCGUGUGCUCCUGUUUCCCAUAAGAGGCAUCUGGUUGGCCACUGUGAGAACAGGAUGCUGGGCUGGAUGGACCUGAUCCGGCAGACGCUUCUUAUGAGUUGAAGAACUGGGAGACAUGGAAAGUGUCUGGUCGGCAGUGAGGAGAAAUGCCUUUGAUAAACCAAGAUUCGCUUUUUCUCACCCCAACAGGUGUGCCAGGAGCUGGGCUGGGUGGCUUUGGCGUACCAGGUACGAUGCUGCAGACCCAAGGGGAGGGAGGGGAGAAGAGGGGCCUCCACACAAGACAGGGCAUUCUUUGGGACAAGAUGGACAGCUCCAGGGCUCAUCCCUUGUCCUGGCUACACAUCCGAAAUCACUUGGUGGCUGGGCUGUGGGGCUUGGGAGCAUUCCAGGCAGUCAUAGGCUGAAUAACUUCAGUAUCCUCCAUGUUCCUUUAUUUACUGUAUGGGUCCUCCACACAUUAGAGCUUAUUUCUGAUGAACCGUGAGGGUGGGUUUAUGACUGAGCCACUUUUUCUGGCAGGCUUUGGUGGACGAGGAGGAUAUGGGGUCCCCGGCGCAGGGGGAGUGGGCCUUGGUGGCGCUGGAGCUGGAGGUGCGUAGAGAUCGUUCAGCCAGAGCACUGGGAAGGAAGCCCCCAAUGUUGUGCUCUGAAUUUGGGGGUGGUGUGAGGGUACUUUGCAAGAUGUCUCGGUGGCCUUACCCAAUGGCGGCCUCAGUGAGUUGACCCUCUGUUUUGUCAUUGCUACCAGCCAGAGCCUGCAAGGAAGCAGGCAGUGGGAUCUGCUAACUGUUGUAGUUACACCCUGUUGUAGCUACUCCCUGUUUUUUAGCAAUUAUUCAUUGUAGCUACUCCUCAUCCUCACCCCUGUUUCCCCCUCCCCUGCUCACCACACCUGAGCUAGAGUCUGAGUCAUAAUUAUGAGAAAGCAGGAGGAUGAAGCUCUCAUCAUGAGGAUAAGAUGAAUAUCAAAAGCUAUUUGUCUCUUUUGGGGCAGCCCAUUGGCAUUUUGUACUGGUACCUAUGACACAUUUCUCAAUAUAGAAGUACCAGCACCACAUUUUUCUUACCCCCCCCCAAAUAGUACUGGAUAUACCACAAAUGUUACAGCCCCAAUCUCUUCCUACAGUCCUAUUUCAGGGGCCCUGCCUCCAGCUCCCCUAGCCUGCCCAUGCCCUCUGAGGCAGCCCCACCGCUUCCUUGAGGUCAGCAGGCUGCAAGCCUGACUUCCAGGACAAGCUUCUAAUUUCCCCUCAUGCUCUCUUGCACAGGGCUGACGUACCCAGGAGCCGGUGGCAAACCUCCCAAACCAGGUAUGAGCAAAAUGGGACCACGUGGUGGAGUUGGGUAAUGGCGGAAGGCGAGUGGCGGAGCUCAGUUUCCUUCAGAACUCUCCAGAUUGCUGCAAGGUUCAAGGCAGAGAUUGGGGACCUCAAAUGUGGCCCCCAUACCUCUCUGUUUGGCACUUAGGACUGGCCCUAGGCCAUGCCCCUCCUUGCCCUGCCCUGCCCCCUUCUUGAGUGUCGGUGCCUGACUGGAAUGUGUCUUUGGAAGGUCAUAAAGCCUCUUCGCUUGCCUGGAUAGAGGAAAUGUGUGUAUAAAUAUCUGACUUUCAAAUGACUGGGAGACAGCCAGGCAUAAAAUGGCAACCCUCACAUCUGUAGCCCCACCCCUUUCUGCCUCUGGCUCCGCCCACCACUGGGAGCGGCCCUCACAAAUUUGCUCAUGAGGCAACAACAUUAAUUUCAUAAAAUUAAUAUACCACAUGAUUGUACACACACACAACCCUCAAGGCUGCGUACAAAAGAGCUAAAACAAUAAAUUUAUUGAUAAGGAAAAAUGGCAAGAAUGAUUUAAGGCACCUGGAAAGUUAAAAUAACAACAGACUAAAAAUGGAUUAAAACUCUUCACCCAUGAUGUAAAAGGGUGGAGCCUCAUAAAGUACAAAUUUACCCUAAUGGAGGUUCCUACCCCCAUGGGGAAAAAAUAAUUUGGGAUUGUAUGUUUGACUGAAGUCUUGGGAUUUCAUAGAAGGACCCCCCACCCAAAAAAAGCCUUCAACUCCCCUAAGGAUGCAAACAUUGAAUCUAGACACUUACAUUUCAGACUUUCAGUGUAUUGCAAUAUUGAACAGGGCGUUGCCAGAGUUGUGUGAUUCCCACCCCAAUUUGACCUCCUUCAACAACAUCUAUUCUGAUCAAAUGUCUUCUUAUUUCUAUCACAGGUUAUGGUGCUGGCAUUCCACAAGUUGGUGAGUUGAUGAACUAAAUUCCCUUUAUUAUAUAAUGUGUGUGUGUGUGUGUGUGUGUGUGUGUGUGAGAGAGAGAGAGAGAGAGAGAGAGAGAGAGAGAAAUUAUAGAACAAAGUUCAAUAAUGCUGUCACUGCGAGACAAAUUUGGUUUCAAUAAAAAUGCUAAGUCUUUUUUUAAAAAAACAACAACACACCUAAUAUUACAUUAUUAUGCUUUGUAGCCAAGAUCAUUAGACAUCCAAAAUGCUUGCUUGUCAAGAAAAAAGAAAGAAAGGGAAAUAAAUAAACAAAAGAAAAAUGACAUAUGAAGCAGAACAGGAGCAGCUUAGUGAGGCGAGAAACUCACAAAAAACUGUAAAGUACCAUGAAUAGAUUAAACGGGGAAACUAUCUUAAUUUACAUUGUCAUUCAAAAAAUGCUAAGUCUAAAUGAUGUUGAAUAGAGCUUUUCAGCAGAAAGAGAAAAUAGAGGAUCCCCCCCAAACUACAUCUCUGAUGGUCUGAUAAAACAAUAAUGUUGUAACAAGUUAUGUAACAGAAUUAAAAUUAAAAAUAACACCAAGACUCAGCAGCUACAUUAGUAUCAGUAGUAAGACUUCCACUUGUUCUCUAGAACAGGUAAGAAAUAAGGUUAACUCCUUUUUAUUUUAAACACUUUUAUCGGGGUUCACCAACCUUCUUAUAUAUUUAUGUAUUCAUAUGAUUAUUUAAUGCAUUUAUAUGCCACUCCUUUCUCCAAGGAGCUCAAGGUUGCUUACAAACAAUAAUUAAAAACAGAUCUCAGAACCCAUUUAGAACGGGCAAUUAAAAUCCAGUUUGCCCUGCCAGCAACCCAGUUGGCCAGCAUCGCCUGCCUCUCAGUUUCCAAAGCUCUGUCGAAGCAGGAAGGCCUUAGCCUGCUGGCGGAAGGAUAACAAGGAGGGAGCCAGACGGACCUCUCCUGGGUGGGGAUCCCACAAUCUGGGAGCAGCCACAGAAAAGGCCCUGUCUCUCAGUGCCUCUGAUGUUGAUGGGACCGAGAGAAGAUGCUCACCCAAGGAUCUGAGCACCCAGGCUCAGAGCAGCCUAUCUUUCUGGUAGCCUGGCUCCAAGCUGUAUAGGAAUGUGUGAACUGAUUCCACCCAACUGAUGUGAGGGGACAGAUGGGUGGGAGGAGGAGGAGGAGGAGGAGGAGGAGGAGGAGAAGAAGAAGAAGAAGAAGAAGAAGAAGAAGGAGGAGGAGGAGGAGGAGGUGUGGAAACCUGCAAGGGGUUGGACUAGAGCUUUGGGGUCCCUUCCAACUCUAUAAUUCUAUGAACCAGGCUUGUGGAAUUCCUGCCAUAUUGAAGCUUUUCUGACUCUCUCUCCCCCACCCAUCUUUUCUCCAUUCUAGUGGGCGGAGCUGGCUAUGGUUAUGGUUUGUCUCCUAUUUACCCAGGUACGUUAAUAGGGGCUGGGAGGGGGGGUGAGUUCAGUUCCUGAAAAACCCGGAUGCAGGGAGAAAGCAGUGGCCUGAUGAUGGAUGACACCCACAAAAGAGCUGAAACAGACCAGGGGAGCAGUCAAUUUGGGGGCAAGCAGGUGGUCUUCAGUGGGGUCAUCUCCCUCAUAAGGUACGCCUUACACCCUGUCACUGGUACCAGUUCAUAAGAACUUAAGAAUCUAAGAGCCCCUUGGAUCAGGUCAAUGGCCCAUCUAGUCUAGCAUCCUGUCUCCACAGUGGCCAACCUGUCGCCUGCAGGAAACCAGGGAGCGUAAGAUGCCUUGCUCCCACAGGAGGUAGUGAUGGCCGCCAGCUUGGAUGGCUUUGAAAGAUGCUUGGUCCAUUCAUGGAGGAGGGAACUAACAAUGGCUACUAGCCAUGAUGGCUUUGUUCUACCUCCAUGGUUGGAGGCAGCAGAGCUUCUGGAUAUCAAUUGCUGGAGACCACAGGAGAGGAGAGGGCUUUUGUGUUUGAAUUCUGCUGGAACGGACUCGCUGGAUGCAGAGGAGUGGUGCGAGGCGCCAGCGGGGGAACCCCUAAGGGAAGACGUCUCAGAGCCAGCGGAUUGGUGGUGGGUCAGAGGGAGAAGAGGGAGCAGACGAGGAGGAGGAGGUGUCAGGGGCUGAGGAGGUAACAGGGUUUAGUGAGCAGGAAGAGGCUGUGGCAGAGAGCAGUCCAGACUUAGAGGCAGAAGCAGAGGCUGGAGAGGAGGAGGCCCAAGAGUGGAGGCAGGCUGCUGAAGAAGCCAGGGAGUCUCCCCCUCCUGGUGUGACCAGCUCCCCUCCCCACCGGUUCCCCAGAACCAGAAGAGGUAUGAAGAGGGUGGAGGAAAUGCGGGCAAGACGACAAAGCCUCAGAUCGCUUGGAAAGAACUUAGGCAGCUGUGGGAAGGCGGGGACCUUCAGUCCUCACAACUGCCUCCUUGGGGCAAGCUCUAUCAGAAACAGCUGCUGUGCUCACUAGGCCGGAGCUGUUUAGUUCCUUUGAAUAAAGAGUUAACUUCACGGACACCUUGUGAGUUAUUGCUGACUUGUUCCCUACUCCUGCCUUGACACCUCCUUGGGGGUUUCUCAUAUCAGGCAUCUGGCUGGCCACUGUGAGAAGGAGGUGCUGGACCAGAUGGGCCUCCUUUGGCCUGAUCCAGCUACAGGGCUCUUUGUAUGUUCUUAUGCUCAGGGACAGGAGUCCCAUACUAAUGAUCUGAAUACAAGGAAAUAUAACAAGAUGCUUGUGUGUUUCCAUAGAAUCCUGGAACGGUACAGUCAUCUAGGUACAGUCACCUGCAAUGCAUCAAUUUCCCCACUUCUCUUUUGCUGAGGCCCACUGUGACCUUUGUCAUGCACCCCUCACCCAAACACACACACACACAUAGUUCAGAAUGUGGGGUGGGAGGGGGCUGCUGGCUGCUCUAUGUGGCUAACCAGCUUUCCUGCCUGGUUUGGCCUUGCAGGUGGAGUCCCUGGCCAGCUGGGCUAUGGUGGUAAGUGCAUUGCUUUCUGCUGGCUUGAGGGGCGGGGUCGAGGGUGAAUCCAGGAGAACUUGCCUGCCUCACUCCGUGUUUCUCCCCUGCUUCUCCACAGGCAAACCUCCCAAGCCGUACGGCUACAGAGGUAAGUCGCACCCCAACCCAGAAACAUUCCACUUUCAAACUGUUUCUGUCUUGUUCCAAGAGCCUCCAGGUUCAAAGGCAGUCUACCUCUGAGUGCCAGGCUCUAGCCACGGGGGUGGGGUGGGGAGAGCUUCUUCCCACCAGGCCUCGCCUGUACGGGGAGGGUCUCAUAGGCCUCCGGUGGGCCGCUAAUUGGAACAGGAGGUCGAAGGGCAAAUUCUCUUGGUCUGGCUGUUUUUGCAAAGGGGCCUGGAGAAUGGCCACCAAUCAUGUUAUGUUUGCAGACUUAAAUAUUCCACCCCAAGUUGAGAAUCAGCACACAAACGGACACAAUUUGGGGUACUGUUUUCCAGUCCAUCGGAAUCUUCUACCAUCCCUACUUGUGAGCCACUCAUGAAAAAUGCCCUCCUGACACACAGUGUCCUCCUCCUCCUAUUGUUGUUUUAUUUUAUUUUAAUGUGUUUAUUGUGCCUUUCUCUGAAGGUGGGAUUCAGGGUGGCUUGCAACAUUAUUAUUUUUUAAAAAAUUAUAAAUUACAUGGUAAUGAAAACAAAGUAGUUUUAGAACCAGCAACUGAAACCGUUUGCCCUGACAGCAGCCCAGAAGAUGGUUAAAUAAGGACACCCCUGGUAUCAAAGGAGCUAGUCCAUAUGAACCCAUCCACCAGUUGUGGUCCUGCUCCAGGUGCCUCAGGGCCAGCCCACCCACAAGGCAGGGUGAAACAGAAGCCCCUGAGGCAUCACCCCCACAGAUGUCCUUUAAUGCCAUCAACCUAGUCCUGUGGAACUCUCCACCACUGGAGUUUCAGCAAGCACUGAACACUUUUCAAUUACACCAAACCUAGUGAGGCAAUUCAGAACACAUCCUCCCACAAUGUCUGUUUCAAACUUUUUGAAUGGUUCUAUGGUUUCAUUGCUGUAAACUGCUCUGACAUAUAUAUUUUUCUGAUGUUGCAGUAUACUGGUAAUAAUAUUAGUAUUAUUAUUUUUACAAAUAAAUAAUACAAACAGUUCAAAGGCAGCUGGGAUGUGAGUAAGGCAUGUGUCACCGCUGAUGGUCUUCCUCUUCUCCUCUCCCCACACCUUGCAGGCCGCAAGAGGAAGUAGCCCUGACAGACUGCCUACCAUUCACCUCAUGAACUUUGGUGCUACUGCCUGGUCUCGAAUGUACCCCCUCACCCCGAGAAAAGCAGAUUCCACCACCACCGCCAUCGUCACCGCCGCCCUGUGCCUUUUUUGCCCCACAGACCCCAAACAGCCCUCCUCCCUCUCACUGGUGCUAUACCCAGCCGUCCACGUCCUGGGCGGUGGGGAGGCCUCUUUGGUGCUGCGGCCGAGGAGGGCCGCUUUCGGAGGAGGGGGGGAAGAUGCCCGAGCACUUUAGCCCACUCCUGAGCCCUGUGCGGGGGGGUCAGUAGUCACACUGGCCAGUUGGCCCCACUCCCUUUCCCAGUCUCCGCCCCCUCUCUCUCUCUCCAGGCUCCAGUUUUCCUGGGGGGAGAAUGCCACUGGGUUGCCAUGGGAGCCCCUCCCCUGGCACACUGCCUGCAAACUGGGGGGUCGGUGCCAACAGGAUUAACCUUAAUCCUCCAGCUGCUGCCUGUCAGGGCCGCAGCGGAUUAGCACAGCCCAGGCCACAUUCGGCCUUUCAAGCAAGAGAGCCAGAGGCCACGCCGUCCAGGUCCGAGCAAAGAGGCCGUCCUGGGGGUCCCCCGCCCCUCCCCACGGGACCGUGGCCAACCUGCUCCACGACUCUUCAUGUUUAAUCACUUCGAUGUAACUGGGAUGGGACACUUUUUAUAAAGAGGAACAGUAAACCGCUUUCCGGGAAAAAAAGAAUUAAAUAAAACCUGACUAAUAAAUAACUUUUUAAAGGAACA